GAGUCUCCAAGUCAGUCUGCCGGCACACCGCGCUGUGUGCACCUCGCUCAAUAGUUUUAUCCGCCGAUCGGUUGCGUUUAGUUUGUGGUUAAGUGAAAGUUUGCCAGGCUUUGGUUAAUUUCAUCUACAAUUUUACCUUGUGAAAAUUCCGAAAAACCAAACGCGCGCAAAGCCAUCAAAAGUGUUCAAAAGAAAAGCGUUAAAUAUUGUUAAAUACAACAAUAAGAAAAAUAUUCCAGUGUCUGUGCCUGUUGCUGUUGCCGCCGUUUCGCAGCCGCAGAGUGUGUGUGUGUACCAGCGUCUAUAUCUCUGUGUUUUUUGACGGCAAAUCGCUUUUGGCAGCUGCCUUGGCAGCAGCCAUCUAAGAAACAAAGUCUUUUUUGCUGGCGUCGCUCUUCGUUGGCAGCUGUUGGCAGUAUGAACUGAUUUUGGCCGAAAGUGGAUGAAUAAAAUGCAAAAAUGAAAAUAUUUUUGCCACUAGUCACGUGGAUAGUGCUACUACUCUCGAGUGCAGUACAUUCACAAUUUUCACAACUACGGCAACCAUUCAAAAGGUCCGCUAACCUAAGAGGGAACAGUCGGUUUCGGGGUGAGGUCUUCUACCUGAACCUCGAGGAUGGCUACUUUGGCUGCCAAGUCAACGAGUCCACCGACUAUUUGCAGCUGUACGAACUAUCGAAACUAUGCGACGGCACCCAGGACUGUUAUCUGGGUUCCGAUGAGCUGAGCAAAGAGCUCAAAUGCACAAAUGACUGUGAUAAGGAUGGCACCCAGUGCACUCAUGGCGCGUGUUUGAAUGGCGUCUGCCAUUGCAAUGACGGCUACGGCGGUUGCAAUUGCGUGGACAAAGAUGAGAACGAAUGCAAACAGCGGCCGUGCGAUGUGUUUGCCCAUUGCACAAAUACACUGGGCAGCUUUACGUGUACCUGCUUUCCGGGCUAUCGCGGCAAUGGCUUCCACUGUGAAGACGUUGACGAAUGCCAAGAUCCCGCGAUAGCAGCGCGAUGCGUGGAGAACGCCGAGUGCUGUAACCUGCCGGCGCACUUCCUCUGCAAGUGCAAGGACGGCUACGAGGGCGACGGCGAGGUACUCUGCACGGAUGUGGACGAGUGCCGGAAUCCGCAGAACUGCGGCCCCAACGCCCUCUGCACCAAUACGCCGGGCAAUUACACGUGCUCCUGUCCAGAUGGAUUCGUUGGGAACAAUCCUUAUCGGGAGGGCUGUGUCGAUGUGGACGAGUGCUCGUAUCCGAAUGUCUGCGGACCCGGUGCCAUAUGUACGAAUCUCGAGGGCAGUUAUCGCUGCGACUGCCCGCCGGGAUACGACGGUGAUGGACGAUCGGAGUCCGGCUGUGUGGACCAGGACGAGUGCGCCCGGACGCCCUGCGGCCGGAACGCAGACUGCUUAAAUAUGGACGGCAGCUUCCGCUGUCUGUGUCCGGAUGGAUACAGCGGUGAUCCCAUGGUGGGAUGCGAGGAUGUCGAUGAAUGCGCCACUAACAAUCCAUGCGGUUUGGGUGCUCAAUGCGUGAACAUGGGCGGUAGCUUCCAGUGUCGCUGUCCCCUCGGCUUUGUUUUGGAACACGAUCCGAACGCGGAUCAACUGCCCCAGGAGCAGCCGCUAGGCUACGGGCCGGGGGCAACCGAUAUCGCGCCCAUUCAGAGGACGACGGGCGCCGGGCUGGCCUGCCUGGACAUCGAUGAGUGCAACCAGCCGGACGGUGUGGCCAAGUGCGGCACCAAUGCCAAGUGCAUCAACUUCCCCGGCUCGUACCGCUGCCUCUGUCCCAGUGGAUUCCAAGGACAGGGCUAUUUGCAUUGCGAGAACAUCAACGAGUGUCAGGACAAUCCGUGCGGGGAGAACGCGAUCUGUACGGAUACGAUUGGCAGUUUCGUGUGCACCUGCAAGCCGGACUACACCGGAGAUCCGUUCCGCGGAUGUGUGGACAUCGACGAGUGUACGGCGUUGGAUAAGCCGUGCGGACAGCAUGCGGUGUGCGAGAACGCCGUACCCGGCUACAACUGCAAAUGCCCGCAGGGAUACGAUGGGAAACCCGAUCCCAAGGUGGCCUGCGAACAGGUGGACGUGAAUAUCCUGUGCAGCAGCAACUUCGACUGCACCAACAAUGCCGAGUGUAUUGAGAACCAGUGCUUCUGUCUGGACGGAUUCGAGCCCAUCGGAGCCAGUUGUGUGGACAUCGAUGAGUGUCGCACCAACCCGAACGUUUGCGGACCCCAUGCCCAGUGCCUGAAUACUCCCGGAUCCUAUCGCUGUGACUGUGAGGCUGGAUAUGUGGGCAGUCCACCGAGGAUGCCCUGCAAGCAGCCUUGCGAGGAUGUGAAGUGUGGAGCCCACGCCUAUUGCAAACCGGAUCAAAACGAGGCCUACUGUGUCUGCGAAGAGGGAUGGACCUACAAUCCUAGCGAUGUAUCCGCGGGAUGUGUGGACAUCGACGAGUGCGAUGUAAUGCACGGACCCUUCGGCAGCUGUGGCCACAAUGCCACCUGCUCGAACAGCCCCGGCGGAUACACCUGUGCCUGUCCCCCUGGAUUCUCUGGAGACCCGCACUCCAAGUGUGUGGAUGUGGACGAAUGCAGAACGGGUUCGAGCAAGUGCGGAUUGGGAGCUGAGUGCGUCAAUAUGCAGGGUGGAGGAUACACCUGCCGCUGCCCGGAGAGCACCAUCGCCGACCCAGAUCCAAGUGUGCGAUGUGUACCCAUCGUGAGUUGCUCGUCCAGCUCCGAUUGUCCCGGAAACGCCAUCUGCGAUGAAACCAAACGCUGCCUCUGCCCAGAACCGAACAUUGGAAACGAUUGCCGACAUCCUUGCGAGGCCCAGGACUGUGGAGCCCAUGCUCAGUGUAUGUUGGCCAAUGGGCAGGCCCAGUGCCUGUGUGCUCCCGGGUACACUGGAAACGCCGCUCUGCCUGGAGGAUGCAAUGAUAUCGACGAGUGUCGGGCCAAUCCCUGUGCCGAAAAGGCUAUUUGCUCCAAUACCGCCGGUGGCUACCUGUGCCAGUGUCCCGGGGGCUCCAGUGGAGAUCCUUAUCGGGAAGGCUGCAUCACCUCCAAAACGGUUGGCUGCUCCGACGCGAACCCCUGCGCUGCUGGUGAGAGUUGUGUCCAGGAUUCGUUCACUGGCAAUAGUGUAUGUAUCUGUCGUCAAGGCUACCAGCGGAAUUCGGAGAACGGUCAGUGCCAGGAUCUAGACGAGUGCUCCCUGCAAAGAGGAAAGCCAGCCUGUGGCCUGAAUGCUCUCUGCAAGAACUUGCCGGGAAGCUACGAGUGCCGCUGUCCGCAGGGUCACACCGGAAAUCCAUUUGUCAUGUGUGAGAUCUGCACCACGCCGGAAUGCCAGUGCCAGCCGCCGUACAAGCUUCUGGGCAACAGCUGUGUCCUUGCCGGCUGCUCCGGCGGACAGGCCUGCCCCAGUGGAGCGGAAUGCAUUUCGAUUGCCGGCGGUGUAAGCUACUGUGCCUGCCCCAAGGGCUACCAAACCCAGCCUGAUGGAUCCUGUGCCGAUGUAGACGAAUGUGAGGAGCGCGGAGCGCAUGUUUGUGCGUUUGGAGCUCAGUGCGUCAACCAGCCGGGUGGCUUCACUUGUCACUGUCCGGAGGGCUAUCAGGGAGAUCCCUACAACGGGCUGUGUGCCCUGGACCAGAGGAAAUGUGCCGCCGACAAGGAGUGUGGCAGCAAUGAGAAGUGCAUCCAGCCCGGAGAGUGCGUGUGCCCGCCUCCCUACUUCCUUGAUCCCCAGGAUAACAACAAAUGUAAGAGCCCCUGUGAACGCUUCCCUUGCGGCAUCAACGCCAAGUGCACACCCUCAGAUCCUCCGCAGUGCAUGUGCGAAGCCGGAUUCAAGGGAGAUCCCCUGCUGGGCUGCACGGACGAGGAUGAGUGCGCCCACCUGCCCUGCGCCUAUGGAGCUUACUGCGUGAAUAAGAAGGGCGGCUACCAGUGCGUCUGUCCCAAGGGCUUCACCGGCGAUCCCUACAAGAGUGGCUGCAUCCUGGAGUCCGGAACACCGAAGAGCAAGUGCCUCAGCAACGACGACUGUGCCAGCAAUCUGGCCUGUCUGGAGGGCAGCUGCGUCAGCCCCUGCAUUAGCCUCCUGUGUGGAUCCAAUGCCUACUGCGAAACGGAGCAGCAUGCUGGAUGGUGUCGCUGCCGCGUCGGAUUUGUCAAGAAUGGAGACGGCGACUGUGUUUCCCAGUGCCAGGACGUGAUCUGCGGUGAGGGAGCGCUCUGCAUCCCCACCAGUGAAGGACCCACCUGCAAGUGUCCCCAGGGUCAGCUGGGCAAUCCGUUCCCCGGCGGCAGCUGCAGCACGGAUCAGUGCUCGGCUUCCAGGCCAUGCGGUGAGCGGCAGAUCUGCAUCAACGGCAGAUGCAAGGAACGAUGCGAAGGUGUCGUCUGUGGCAUCGGAGCCACCUGUGACAGGAACAACGGAAAGUGCGUCUGCGAACCGAACUUUGUGGGUAACCCAGAUUUGCUCUGCAUGCCGCCCAUCGAGCAGGCCAAAUGCUCACCCGGAUGCGGAGUGAACGCCCAUUGCGAAUACGGACUUGGACAGAGCCGGUGCGCCUGUAAUCCGGGCACAUUCGGUAACCCCUACGAAGGAUGUGGGGCCACCAGCAAGAAUGUCUGCCAACCAAACAGCUGCGGAUCCAACGCCGAAUGUAGGGCCGUUGACAACCACAUUGCCUGCCUGUGUCCUCAAGGAUUCAGCGGCAAUCCCUACAUAGGAUGCCAGGACGUAGACGAGUGUGCCAACAAGCCGUGCGGUCUGAAUGCCGCCUGUCUAAACACGGCCGGAGGAUUCGAGUGUCUCUGUCUGUCCGGUCAUGCCGGAAACCCAUACAGCAGCUGCCAACCGAUCGAGAGCAAGUUCUGCCAGGACGCCAACAAGUGCCAGUGCAACGAGCGAGUCGAGUGCCCAGAUGGCUACAGCUGUCAGAAGGGCCAGUGCAAGAACCUGUGCUCCCAGGCAGCUUGUGGUCCCAGAGCCAUUUGCGAUGCCGGUAAAUGCAUCUGCCCCAUGGGCUACAUUGGAGACCCGCACGAUCUCGUCCAGGGAUGCAGUGUACGCGGCCAGUGCAGCAACGACGCCGACUGCCAGCACACGGAGAUCUGCUUCCAGCUGGGCAAGGGUCUGCGCAAGUGCGUCGACGCAUGCUCCAAGAUCCAGUGCGGACCUAAUGCUCUGUGCGUGGCCGAUGGCCAUAGAUCCUCGUGCAUCUGCUCGGAUGGAUUCUUCGGUAACCCGAGCAACCUGCAAGUCGGCUGCCAGCCGGAGCGAAAGGUGCCCGAAGUGGACGACACAUGCAAGACGGACAAGGACUGCGAGCGAGGAUUUGGUUGCCAAACGAACGGCCAUGGAACCCGGGAGUGCGUCAACCUCUGCAACAACGUCGUCUGCGGACCCAACGAACUCUGCAAGAUCAACAAGAAGGGUGUGGCCAUCUGCAACUGUGCCGAGAGCUAUGCCUGGAACCCAGUGGUCUCCUCCUGCGAGAAGCCUUCCCUGCCAGACUGUACCAGCGACGCCAACUGCCCGGAUGCCUCUGCCUGUCGACCUGAUGUCCUGGGAGUGCUCAAGUGCGUUGCCAUCUGCGACGCCUUCACAUGCCCGGCCAACUCAGUUUGCGUGGCGAGACAGCACCAAGGACGUUGUGAUUGUCUCCAUGGAUUCGUGGGCAAUCCCAACGAUAGGAACGGUUGCCAACCCGUCCAGAAACACCAGUGCCGCAGCAAUGCCGAGUGCCAAGAGUCGGAAGCCUGUAUCAAGGACGAGGCCAGCCAGAGCCUAGGUUGCCGACCUGCCUGCGAUGCUGUCAAGUGCGGACCCCGUGCCGUGUGCAUCACCAACAACCAUCAGGCCCAGUGCCAGUGCCCGCCAGGACCUUUUGCCGGAGAUCCGUACGAUCCUUUCAACGGCUGCCAGAGUGUCCCUUGCGUCUACAACCAUGACUGUCCGCCCAGCCAAAUGUGCAACCGAAUGACCCACACCUGCUUCGAUGUCUGCGACGAGGAGUCCUGUGGUGAGAACGCCAUUUGCUUGGCUGAUGACCACCGUGCAGUGUGCCAUUGCCCGCCCGGAUUCCGUGGCGAUCCGCUUCCCGAGGUGGCCUGCACCAAACAAGGAGGCUGUGCGGCCGGAACCUGCCAUCCUUCGGCCAUCUGCGAAGUCGCUCCCGAGGGACCAGUAUGCAAGUGCCCGCCCCUGUUUGUGGGUGAUCCCAAGCGUGGAGGAUGUCGUCCGGAUGGCCAAUGCCCCAACGGAGAUGCUGACUGCCCGGUGAACACGAUCUGCGCCGGUGGAAGAUGCCAAAACCCUUGCGAUAAUGCCUGCGGACCGAAUGCCGAGUGCAAGGUGGUUAACAGGAAGCCCGUCUGCAGCUGCCCGCUUCGCUUCCAGCCCAUCUCAGACUCAGCCAAGGGAGGCUGUGCCCGCAGUCAGUCGAAGUGCCUCACGGACGUGGACUGCGGCGGAGAGCUGUGCUACAACGGACAGUGCCGCAUCGCCUGCCGUAACUCGCAGGACUGCUCCGAUGGCGAGAGCUGCAUGAGCAACGUCUGCGUGGUAGCCUGUUUGGAUCACAGCCAGUGCUCCAGUGGCCUGGCCUGCGUGGAAGGUCACUGCAUCAUCGGCUGCCGCAGCAACAAGGAGUGCAAACAGGAUCAGUCCUGCAUUGAGAAUAAGUGCCUGAAUCCCUGCCAAUCCGGAAGCAGUUGCGGACCCAACGCCCUGUGCAGCAUUUCGCAGCACCGUAGCCAGUGCACCUGCCCCGAUGGAUUCGAAGGUAAUCCCACCCCGGAACAGGGAUGCGUGCGAGUGCCGGCCCCCUGCUUGGCCAGCAACCAGUGUCCCAACGGACACAUGUGCAUCGGCAACCAGUGCAACCUUCCCUGUACCAAGACCUCGGCCUGCGCCGUGGGCGAGCGUUGCUAUCAGCAAGUGUGUCGCAAGGUGUGCUACACUAGCAACAACUGCCUGGCCGGAGAGAUCUGCAACUCGGACAGUACCUGCCAACCGGGAUGUGACUCGGAUGCGGACUGUCCGCCCACGGAACUAUGCUUGACCGGAAAGUGCAAGUGCGCCGUAGGAUUCAUUGGAACCCCCUUCGGAUGCUCGGACAUUGAUGAGUGCACAGAGCGGCCGUGUCACGAGAGUGCCCGGUGCGAAAACAUCCCGGGAUCCUACCGCUGUGUCUGCCCUGACGGCACAGUCGGCGAUGGAUAUACCCAGCCUGGUUGCUCCACGCCCCGCCAAUGCCACCAACCGGACGAUUGCGCCAACAACCUUGCCUGCAUCCAUGGCAAGUGCACGGAUCCUUGUCUGCACACAGUUUGCGGAGCCAAUGCCCACUGCCAGUCCGAGGGACACGAGGCCCUGUGCAGUUGUCCGGCCGGAUUCCUUGGCGACCCCAAUGACACUGGAGUCGGCUGCUUCAAGGUGGAGUGCAUCGAUCAUGUGGACUGUGCCGGAGAUCGUGCCUGCGACUCGGAGACCAAUCGCUGCAUUAAGCCCUGUGACCUCAUAAGCUGCGGAAAGGGCAAUUGCCAGGUGGAGGACCACAAGGCCGUGUGUGCCUGUUACGAAGGAUACCAACUGGUCAGUGGAGGAGUGUGCGAAGAUAUCAACGAGUGUCUGGCCAAACCCUGCCACAGCACAGCCUUCUGCAACAAUCUGCCAGGAAGCUACAACUGCCAGUGCCCAGAGGGAUUGAUCGGUGACCCCAUACAAGUCGGCUGCCGAGAUCCCAGCGAGUGCCUCAGUGACGCGGAUUGUCCCAGCUCAGCCAGUUGCCAGAACUCCCGUUGCCGAAGUCCUUGCGAGCGACAAAAUGCUUGCGGCUUGAAUGCCCAGUGCCAGGCGCAGGGCCACCAAGCUAUUUGCACCUGCCCAUCGAACUCCCGCGGAGAUCCAGCCAUCGAGUGUGUGCACAUCGAGUGCUCGGACAACGACGACUGCUCAGGAGACAAGGCUUGUCUGGAUGCCAAGUGCAUCGAUCCCUGUUCCCUGCCCAAUGCGUGUGGAGCUCAGGCUCGCUGCUCUGUUCAGAACCACAUCGGAGUAUGUUCCUGCGAGUCGGGAAGCACCGGAGAUGCCAAGCUGGGCUGUGUCCCACUGCAAUACUGCCAGAAGGAUGGCCAGUGUGCCCAGGGAAGCAUCUGCUCCCAUGGCAUAUGUAGCCCCCUGUGCAGCACCAAGCGCGACUGCAUCUCGGAGCAGUUGUGUCUGCAGGGCGUCUGCCAGGUGACCUGCAAAUCGAACUCCACCUGCCCCCAGUUCCAGUUCUGCUCGAACAACAUUUGCACCAAGGAGCUGGAAUGCCGAUCGGAUGCGGACUGUGGCGAGGAUGAGACCUGCUUGAGUGAUGCCUACGGCAGAGCGAAAUGCGAAUCAGUGUGCCUGGGCCGAGCUGCUUGCGGAAGGAACGCAGAAUGUGUGGCUCGUUCCCAUGCCCCUGACUGCCUUUGCAAGGAAGGAUUCUUUGGAGAUGCCAAAUCCGGAUGUAGGAAGAUCGAAUGUUCCACGGACGAUGAUUGCUCGAACGACAAGAGCUGCGACAAUCACAUGUGCAAGAUUGCCUGCCUGAUUGGACAGCCGUGUGGCGAGAAUGCCUUGUGCACUACGGAGCACCACCAACAGGUGUGCCACUGCCAGCCAGGAUUCAGCGGAGAUCCACGUGUUCGCUGCGAUGUUAUCGACUUCUGUCGGGACGCUCCGUGCGGACCCGGAGCCCGUUGCCGUAACGCGCGCGGAUCAUACAAAUGCAACUGUCCCCCAGGACUCGUUGGUGAUCCGUACAACGAGGGCUGUCGCAGCUCCGUGGAGUGCGAGACCAACGAGGACUGUCCCCCGCAUGCCGCAUGCACCCAGACCAACGGUGUGGCCAAGUGCCGAGAUGUCUGCGCCCAGCUGCAAUGUGGCCCCAACGCGGAAUGUGUUCCGAAGGGCCACGUGGCGCAGUGUGCAUGCCGCACCGGCUAUGACGGCCAGCCCGCCGACCGGGUGGCCGGUUGUAAGCCCCUCCCCGUACCCUGCCAGGUCACCGGCGACUGUCCGACCAACACAUACUGCUCGGAUAGCGUCUGCAAACCUGCUUGUGUCCUGGACACUGAGUGUGAACCUUCGGAGGUGUGCCAGGGAGGGCAAUGCUUCAAUCCCUGCCUGCAACCACAGGCCUGUGGUCAAAAUGCCGAGUGUGUGAUUCAGAACCACCUGAAACAGUGUCACUGCCCGGAGGGCUUCACUGGCGACUCUGCGAAGGAAUGUGUCAGGGUGCCGGUGGCCUGCGAUGGCGACUGUGCUCCUGGCUACACCUGCCGCGACUCCAUGUGCCUGCCCCAGUGCCAAAACGAUCUGGAGUGUGCCUCGAACGAGAAAUGCCUCAGGGGCAACUGCAUGCUGACCUGCCGUGUUGACAACGAUUGCUUCUUGGGACAUGUUUGCCUGCACAACAAGUGCGUCUAUGGCUGCCACGCUGACGAGGAUUGCAGUGCUUCCGAGUCCUGCCGCAAUGACAAGUGUGUGAAUCCGUGUCUGGAAAGCCCCUGCGGCCCGAAUGCCGCCUGCUCGGUGUCCAACCACAGGGCGAGCUGUAGCUGCCUGGAGAGCAUGGUGCCCAACCCGACGCCCCAGGUGGGCUGUGUAAGAUCUCCGCCACUGGAGUGCCGCGAGAAUCGUGACUGUGGCAAUGGACUGGCCUGCUUUGAGUCGGUGUGCCGGCCCCUGUGCGCCGACGAUUCCGGCUGUCUGACCAACGAACGUUGCCAGCAGGGUGUGUGUAAGCCGCUAUGCCGGCACGACAACGAAUGCGGCCAUGGAGAGCUGUGCCUGGGCUUGAACUGCGUGCCCGGCUGCCGCAACGACCAGGGCUGUCCCCAGGACCUCACCUGUGUGGCUCAGCAGUGCAUCGAUCCAUGUGCCGAUCCCACUGCCUGCGGCACCAAUGCUCUCUGCCUGACCGUCGAUCAUUGCAAGCAAUGCUCCUGCCCCGAGGGCCUCGACGGCAAUGCCAAUGUUGCCUGCAAGGUGCCAAGGACUGCCUGUGCCAAGCACGAAGACUGCCACACGAACCAACUCUGCUAUGCUGGCAGUUGCCAGGGCAAGUGCCGGAAUGACCAGAACUGCUUAGCUGAUGAGAGAUGCAUGCGCGGCACUUGCCGCACCGUCUGCAACACCGACGAUGCCUGCUCCCAGGGACAAAUCUGUGAGAAUCGCAUGUGCCAGACCGGAUGCCGUACAGAUCUUAGCUGCGCCACCGAUGAGGCCUGCGUGAACAAGAAGUGCCAGAACCCAUGCAGGACACCCGGACAGUGUGGUCAGUGCGCUGACUGCCUGGUGGUCAAUCACGGCGUCCAGUGCCAGUGCCCGGCUUCGUAUAUCGGGGACGGACUCACUGGAUGUCAGCUGCCGCCCGAAAGGUGCCAUCCCGGCUGCGAAUGCGACGAGAACGGAGCCUACUGUGCCAGUAAGUGUUCGAAGAACGAGGAUUGCGCCUGCGGACAGCAGUGCGCUCGAGGAAAGUGCCGCAACAAGUGCGGACCCAAGCGCCAAUGCACUGUGGGUCAGCUGUGCGAACGAGGAUCCUGCAUCGCCGGUUGCAAGUCCAACGGAGACUGUGCCGCCGACCAGAGCUGCGUGCGAGGCAAGUGCACCGAUCCCUGCGCCGAUGACAAGGCCUGUGGAAGGAACGCCCUGUGUACGGUGUCGGAGCACCGCUUGCUCUGCUACUGUCCGGAUGGAUACGAGGGUGAGCCCUCCAAGGAGUGCGUGCAGUUCGAGUGCCGCGUGGACACCGAUUGUGAUACCAACAAACGCUGCGACCAAGGCAAAUGCCGCAAUCCGUGUCUGGAAUACGGAGCCUGUGGCACCAAUGCCCAGUGCCGUGUGGUGAACCGCAAGGCGCAGUGCUCCUGCCCGCCUGAUUUCUUCGGCAAUCCGUCGAGCGAGUGCCAGCCCCUGGAAGGAGGCUGCUCGAACAACCCGUGCGGCGUGAACUCCAAGUGCAACGAGGUACCCGGUGGAUACGAGUGUGCCUGCAUGGACGGUUGCAUUGGCGAUGCGCACAAGGGUUGCCUCUGCGAGGGAACGCUGGUGAAUGCCUGCCACGGACACCCUUGUGGCCGGAAUGCCGAAUGCCACGUUCUGGAUGGAAGCCAGCCGCAGUGCUAUUGCCCAGAGGGCCUGCCCCACGGAGAUCCCUAUGUGGAAUGCUACCUGACUCCUCCCAAGGAGGACUGUCGCAACCAAGGCUGCGAGGUGGGCGACUGUGUACGACAGGGCUCUGAAUAUGUGUGCCAGCAGGACACCGAACAAUGCUACUCAGACACGGAUUGUCCCAGUGAAAAGUCGUGCCUCCAAGGACACUGCAGCGAUCCUUGUACAAUGCGUGGCGCUUGUGGCUUAAAUGCGCUUUGCAAAACUGUUCUGCAUCGGCCGCGCUGCUCUUGCCCCAGCUGCCACAUCGGCCGGCCGGAGGUUGAGUGCAAGCCGGAUCCCAAGUGCAUCCCGGAUGACACGGAUGCCAAGACCAAGGAGCAGAUACCAUGCACCAGUGACUCCGAGUGCCCCGAGACGCUGCAGUGCGGCCAGUAUGGCCAGUGCACGGAUCCGUGCAACAACCCCCUCUUCAUCUGUGAGAGCAACAAGAAGUGCGAGACCCGGCGCCACCAUCCGGUGUGCAUCUGCAAGUCCGGUUUCAUUGUGAACGAAUACGGCGAACUGACCUGCGCUCCGGACAAGCGGGAGUGCUACCGCGACGAUGACUGCGCCUCGAACAUGGCCUGCACGGACGGCAAGUGCCGGAACCCGUGCAUCGUCCCCCUGGGACGAGCCCCGAUCUGUGCGGAGAACCAGUCCUGCGAGGUGCAGAACCACAAGCCCGUGUGCAUCUGUAUGCGCGACUGCCAGCCCUCGAUCUCGAUCUGCCUCCGGGACGCCGGCUGUCCGGCCGGGCUCGCCUGCCGCAAGCUGCAGUGCGUCGAUCCGUGCAAGUUUGCCACAUGCGCCCCCAACUCGCCAUGCAUUGUCGAGGAUCACAAGCCGAUAUGUAAAUUCUGCCCAGCUGGAUUUAUAGCCGAUGCCAAGAAUGGAUGUCAAAAAGCUAAGCCAGGUGGCAACUGUACCUCAAACGAAGAUUGCAGUGAAGCACACCAAUGUGGAUCAUCUGGUCAAUGUAUCGAUCCCUGUCAAUCGGUCUGUGCAGGGGCAGUAAAGUGCGUCACGUCAGCCCAUAGGGUCACCACAUGCAUCUGCCCAGACACCUUGACGAACGCGACCAGCCCGAACUGCAUUCCAACCGAACCUACACCCCAGACUUCCUCCCGACCAUUUGAUAUGACAACAGAAUCGAUGACCAUAAAGUACACUAUUAUGCAAUUGGCAAACCAAACCGAAAUGCGAACCCGUUUCACCGAGAUUGAGGCUGAAAACGAAACGACAGUUCCCUACAUUAGCACAACCGAAUCAUACAAAACGACUAAGCAGCUAACGAUCGACGGACGACCUAGUAUUCCCACAUCUCCAUCUGAAACCAGUGUUGCCCCUGAAACGACCACUUCAUUACCCAUAGGUUCUUCAACUAGUGACAGUUCUACAGAAAAAUUUAGUGAGGAAACUACUUUUGGAAUUGACGGUAAAGCCGAAAUUCCCACUUCUUCCAAAACUAGUAUUCCAUCGGGAUCCUUCGAAAUAACCACUUCUCUACCCAAGGACAUCACUCCUGGGCAAACAACAGAAAAGGCAAUUGACGAGACAACAUUCAGAUUUGAUGGUAGCUCCACCAUUCCUACUUCUCCUUCUGAAUCUAGUAGACCCACAGAAGCCUCAGAAACAACCACUUCCCUUCCCAGGGAUACCACCUCUGGGCAAACAACAGAAAAGGCCAUUGAGGAGAAAACAGUCAGAUUUGAUGGUAGAUCCACCAUUCCUACUUCUCCUUCCGAAACUAGUAGGCCCACAGUAGCCCCAGAAAUAACCACUUCCCUACCCAAGGAUACCACUCCUGGGCAAACAACAGAAAAGGCCAUUGAGGAGACAACAGUCAGAUUUGAUGGCAGAUCCACCAUUCCUACCUCUCCGUCUGAAACUAGUAGACCCACGGGAGCCCCAGAAAUAACCACAUCCCUACCCAGGAAUACCACUCCUGGGCAAACGACAGAAAAGUCUUUUGAGGAGACAACAGUCAGAUAUGAUGGUAGAUCCACCAUUCCUACAUCUCCUUCUAAAACUAGUAGACCCACGGGAGCCUUAGAAACAACCACUUCCCUUCCCAGGGAUACCACUCCUGGGCAAACGACAGAAAAGGCCAUUGAGGAAACAACAGUUAGAUUUGAUGGUAGAUCCACCAUUCCUACUUCUCCUUCUGAAACUAGUAGACCCACGGGAGCCCCAGAAAUAACCACUUCCCUACCCAGGGAUACCACUCCUGAGCAAACAACAGAAAAGUCCGUGGAGGAGACAACAGUCAGAUUUGAUGGUAGAUCCACCAUUCCUACUUCUCCUUCCGAAACUAGUAGGCCCACAGGAGCCCCAGAAAUAACCACUUCCCUACCCAAGGAAACCACUCCUGGGCAAACGACAGAAAAGUCUUUUGAGGAGACAACAGCCAGAUUUGAUGGUAGAUCCACCAUUCCUACCUCUUCGUCUGAAACUAGUAGACCCACGGGAGCCCCAGAAAUAACCACUUCCCUACCCAGGGAUACCACUCCUGGGCAAACGACAGAAAAGGCCAUUGAGGAUACAACAGUUAGAUUUGAUGGUAGAUCCACCAUUCCUACUUCUCCUUCCGAAACUAGUAGGCCCACAGUAGCCCCAGAAAUAACCACUUCCCUACCCAGGGAUACCACUCCUGGGCAAACAACAGAAAAGUCCGUGGAGGAGACAACAGUCAGAUUUGAUGGUAGAUCCACCAUUCCUACUUCUCCUUCCGAAACUAGUAGGCCCACAGUAGCCCCAGAAAUAACCACUUCCCUACCCAAGGAUACCACUCCUGGGCAAACAACAGAAAAGGCCAUUGAGGAUACAACAGUUAGAUUUGAUGGUAGAUCCACCAUUCCUACUUCUCCUUCCGAAACUAGUAGGCCCACAGUAGCCCCAGAAAUAACCACUUCCCUACCCAGGGAUACCACUCCUGGGCAAACAACAGAAAAGUCCGUGGAGGCGACAACAGUCAGAUUUGAUGGUAGAACCACCAUUCCUACCUCUCCGUCUGAAACUAGUAGACCCACGGGAGCCCCAGAAAUAACCACUUCCCUACCCAGGGAUACCACUCCUGGGCAAACAACAGAAAAGUCCGUGGAGGAGACAACAGUCAGAUUUGAUGGUAGAUCCACCAUUCCUACCUCUCCGUCUGAAACUAGUAGACCCACGGGAGCCCCAGAAAUAACCACUUCCCUACCUAGGGAUACCACUCCUGGGCAAACAACAGAAAAGGCCAUUGAGGAGACAACAGUCAGAUUUGAUGGUAGAUCCACCAUUCCUACCUCUUCGUCUGAAACUAGUAGACCCACGGGAGCCCCAGAAAUAACCACUUCCCUACCCAGGGAUACCACUCCUGGGCAAACGACAGAAAAGGCCAUUGAGGAAACAACAGUUAGAUUUGAUGGUAGAUCCACCAUUCCUACUUCUCCUUCCGAAACUAGUAGACCCACAGGAGCCCCAGAAAUAGCCACUUCCCUACCCAAGGAAACCACUCCUGGGCAAACGACAGAAAAGUCUUUUGAGGAGACAACAGUCAGAUUUGACGGUAGAUCCACCAUUCCUACUUCUCCUUCCGAAACUAGUAGACCCACAGUAGCCCCAGAAAUAACCACUUCACUACCCAGGGAUACCACUCCAGGGCAAACAACAGAAAAGGCCAUUGAGGAGACAACAAUCGCAUUUGAUGGUAGAUCCACCAUUCCUACUUCUGCUUCUGAAACUAGUAGACCCACAGAAGCUCCAGAAAUAACCACUUCCCUACCCAAGGAUACCACUCCUGGGCAAACAACAGAAAAGUCUUUUGAGGAGACAACAGUCAGAUUUGACGGUAGAUCCACCAUUCCUACUUCUCCUUCCGAAACUAGUAGACCCACAGUAGCCCCAGAAAUAACCACUUCACUACCCAGGGAUACCACUCCAGGGCAAACAACAGAAAAGGCCAUUGAGGAGACAACAAUCGCAUUUGAUGGUAGAUCCACCAUUCCUACUUCUGCUUCUGAAACUAGUAGACCCACAGAAGCUCCAGAAAUAACCACUUCCCUACCCAAGGAUACCACUCCUGGGCAAACAACAGAAAAGUCUUUUGAGGAGACAACAGUCAGAUUUGAUGGUAGAUCCACCAUUCCUACUUCUCCUUCCGAAACUAGUAGGCCCACAGUAGCCCCAGAAAUAACCACUUCCCUACCCAAGGAUACCACUCCUGGGCAAACAACAGAAAAGGCCAUUGAGGAGACAACAGUCAGAUUUGAUGGUAGAUCCACCAUUCCUACCUCUCCUUCUGAAACUAGUAGAUCCACGGGAUCCCCAGAAAUAACCACUUCCCUACCCAGGGAUACCACUCCUGGGCAAACAACAGAAAAGGCCAUUGAGGAGACAACAGUCAGAUUUGAUGGUAGAUCCACCAUUCCUACUUCUCCUUCCGAAACUAGUAGGCCCACAGGAGCCCCAGAAAUAACCACUUCCCUACCCAGGGAUACCACUCCUGGGCAAACAACAGAAAAGUCCGUGGAGGAGACAACAGUCAGAUUUGAUGGUAGAUCCACCAUUCCUACCUCUCCGUCUGAAACUAGUAGACCCACGGGAUCCCCAGAAAUAACCACUUCCCUACCCAGGGAUACCACUCCUGGGCAAACAACAGAAAAGGCCAUUGAGGAGACAACAGUCAGAUUUGAUGGUAGAUCCACCAUUCCUACCUCUUCGUCUGAAACUAGUAGACCCACGGGAGCCCCAGAAAUAACCACUUCCCUACCCAGGGAUACCACUCCUGGGCAAACGACAGAAAAGGCCAUUGAGGAAACAACAGUUAGAUUUGAUGGUAGAUCCACCAUUCCGACUUCUCCUUUCGAAACUAGUAGACCCACAGGAGCCCCAGAAAUAGCCACUUCCCUACCCAAGGAAACCACUCCUGGGCAAACGACAGAAAAGUCUUUUGAGGAGACAACAGUCAGAUUUGACGGUAGAUCCACCAUUCCUACUUCUCCUUCCGAAACUAGUAGACCCACAGUAGCCCCAGAAAUAACCACUUCCCUACCCAAGGAAACCACUCCUGGGCAAACGACAGAAAAGUCUUUUGAGGAGACAACAGUCAGAUUUGAUGGUAGAUCCACCAUUCCUACUUCUCCUUCCGAAACUAGUAGGCCCACAGUAGCCCCAGAAAUAACCACUUCCCUACCCAAGGAAACCACUCCCGGGCAAACGACAGAAAAGUCUUUUGAGGAGACAACAGUCAGAUUUGAUGGUAGAUCCACCAUUCCUACUUCUCCUUCCGAAACUAGUAGGCCCACAGUAGCCCCAGAAAUAACCACUUCACUACCCAGGGAUACCACUCCUGGGCAAACAACAGAAAAGGCCAUUGAGGAGACAACAAUCGCAUUUGAUGGUAGAUCCACCAUUCCUACUUCUCCUUCCGAAACUAGUAGGCCCACAGUAGCCCCAGAAAUAACCACUUCACUACCCAGGGAUACCACUCCCGGGCAAACGACAGAAAAGUCUUUUGAGGAGACAACAGUCAGAUUUGAUGGUAGAUCCACCAUUCCUACUUCUCCUUCCGAAACUAGUAGGCCCACAGUAGCCCCAGAAAUAACCACUUUCCGACCCAGGGAUACCACUCCUGGGCAAACAACAGAAAAGGCCAUUGAGGAGACAACAGUCAGAUUUGAUGGUAGAUCCACCAUUCAUACCUCUCCUUCUGAAACUAGUAGACCCACGGGAGCCCCAGAAAUAACCACUUCCCUACCCAGGGAUACCACUCCUGAGCAAACGACAGAAAAGUCCGUGGAGGAGACAACAGUCAGAUUUGAUGGUAGAUCCACCAUUCCUACUUCUCCUUCCGAAACUAGUAGGCCCACAGUAGCCCCAGAAAUAACCACUUCACUACCCAAGGAAACCACUCCUGGGCAAACGACAGAAAAGUCUUUUGAGGAGACAACAGUCAGAUUUGAUGGUAGAUCCACCAUUCCUACUUCUCCUUCCGAAACUAGUAGGCCCACAGUAGCCCCAGAAAUAACCACUUUCCGACCCAGGGAUACCACUCCUGGGCAAACAACAGAAAAGGCCAUUGAGGAGACAACAGUCAGAUUUGAUGGUAGAUCCACCAUUCCUACUUCUCCUUCUGAAACUAGUAGACCCACGGGAGCCCCAGAAAUAACCACUUCCCUACCCAAGGAAACCACUCCCGGGCAAACGACAGAAAAGGCCAUUGAGGAGACAACAGUCAGAUUUGAUGGUAGAUCCACCAUUCCUACUUCUCCUUCUGAAACUAGUAGACCCACGGGAGCCCCAGAAAUAACCACUUCCCUACCCAAGGAAACCACUCCCGGGCAAACGACAGAAAAGUCUUUUGAGGAGACAACAGUCAGAUUUGAUGGUAGAUCCACCAUUCCAACAUCUUCCUUUCAAACAAGUAGACCCACAGGAGCCCCAGAAAUAAACACAUCCCUACCCAGGGAUACCACUCCUGGGCAAACAACAGAAAAGUCCGUGGAGGAGACAACAGUCAGAUUUGAUGGUAGAUCCACCAUUCCAACAUCUUCCUCUCAAACAAGUAGACCCACAGGAGCCCCAGAAAUAACCACUUCCCUACCCAGGGAUACCACUCCUGGGCAAACAACAGAAAAGGCCAUUGAGGAGACAACAGUCAGAUUUGAUGGUAGAUCCACCAUUCCUACCUCUCCUUCUGAAACUAGUAGACCCACGGGAGCCCCAGAAAUAACCACUUCCCUACCCAGGGAUACCACUCCUGAGCAAACGACAGAAAAGUCCGUGGAGGAGACAACAGUCAGAUUUGAUGGUAGAUCCACCAUUCCUACUUCUCCUUCCGAAACUAGUAGGCCCACAGUAGCCCCAGAAAUAACCACUUCACUACCCAAGGAAACCACUCCUGGGCAAACGACAGAAAAGUCUUUUGAGGAGACAACAGUCAGAUUUGAUGGUAGAUCCACCAUUCCUACUUCUCCUUCCGAAACUAGUAGGCCCACAGUAGCCCCAGAAAUAACCACUUUCCGACCCAGGGAUACCACUCCUGGGCAAACAACAGAAAAGGCCAUUGAGGAGACAACAGUCAGAUUUGAUGGUAGAUCCACCAUUCCUACUUCUCCUUCCGAAACUAGUAGGCCCACAGUAGCCCCAGAAAUAACCACUUCCCUACCCAAGGAUACCACUCCUGGGCAAACAACAGAAAAGGCCAUUGAGGAGACAACAGUCAGAUUUGAUGGUAGAUCCACCAUUCCUACUUCUCCUUCUGAAACUAGUAGACCCACGGGAGCCCCAGAAAUAACCACUUCCCUACCCAAGGAAACCACUCCCGGGCAAACGACAGAAAAGUCUUUUGAGGAGACAACAGUCAGAUUUGAUGGUAGAUCCACCAUUCCAACAUCUUCCUUUCAAACAAGUAGACCCACAGGAGCCCCAGAAAUAAACACAUCCCUACCCAGGGAUACCACUCCUGGGCAAACAACAGAAAAGUCCGUGGAGGAGACAACAGUCAGAUUUGAUGGUAGAUCCACCAUUCCAACAUCUUCCUUUCAAACAAGUAGACCCACAGGAGCCCCAGAAAUAACCACUUCCCUACCCAGGGAUACCACUCCUGGGCAAACAACAGAAAAGUCCGUGGAGGAGACAACAGUCAGAUUUGAUGGUAGAUCCACCAUUCCUACUUCUCCUUCCGAAACUAGUAGACCCACAGGAGCCCCAGAAAUACCCACUUCCCUACCCAGGGAUACCACUCCUGGGCAAACAACAGAAAAGGCCAUUGAGGAGACACCAAUCGCAUUUGAUGGUAGAUCCACCAUUCCUACAUCUCCUUCUGAAACUAGUAGACCCACAGGAGCCACAGAAAUAACCACUUCCCUACCCAGGGAUACCACUCCUGGGCAAACAACAGAAGAGGCCAUUGAGGAGACAACAAUCGCAUUUGAUGGUAGAUCCACCAUUCCUACCUCUCCGUCUGAACCUAGUAGACCCACGGGAUCCCCAGAAAUAACCACUUCCCUACCCAGGGAUACCACUCCUGGGCAAACAACAGAAGAGGCCAUUGAGGAGACAACAAUCGCAUUUGAUGGUAGAUCCACCAUUCCUACCUCUCCGUCUGAAACUAGUAGACCUACGGGAGCCUUAGAAACAACCACUUCCCUUCCCAGGGAUACGACUCCUGGGCAAACGACAGAAAAGGCCGUUGAGGAAACAACAGUUAGAUUUGAUGGUAGAUCCACCAUUCCUACUUCUCCUUCCGACUCUAGUAGGCCCACAGUAGCCCCAGAAAUAACCACAUCCCUACCCAGGGAUACCACUCCUGGGCAAACUACAGAAAAGGCCAUUGAGGAGACAACAGUCAGAUUUGAUGGCAGAUCCACCAUUCCUACCUCUCCGUCUGAAACUAGUAGACCCACGGGAGUCCCAGAAAUAACCACUUUCCGACCCAGGGAUACCACUCCUGGGCAAACAACAGAAAAGGCCAUUGAGGAGACAACAGUCAGAUUUGAUGGCAGAUCCACCAUUCCUACUUCUUCUUCUGAAACUAGUAGACCCACAGAAGCCUCAGAAAUAACCACAUCCCUACCCAGGCAUACCAGUCCUGGGCAAACAACAGAAAAGGCCAUUGAGGAGACAACAGUCAGAUUUGAUGGUAGAUCCACCAUUCCUACUUCUCCUUCCGAAACUAGUAGACCCACAGAAGCCCCAGAAAUAACCACAUCCCUACCCAGGCAUACCACUCCUGGGCAAACAACAGAAAAGGCCAUUGAGGAGACAACAGUCAGAUUUGAUGGUAGAUCCACCAUUCCUACUUCUCCUUCCGAAACUAGUAGACCCACAGAAGCCCCAGAAAUAACCACUUUCCGACCCAGGGAUACCACUCCUGGACAAACAACAGGAAAGGCCAUUGAGGAAACAACAGUCAGAUUUGAUGGUAGAUCCACCAUUCCUACAUCUCCUUCUGAAACUAGUAGACCCACGGGAGCCCCAGAAAUAACCACUUCCCUACCCAGGGAUACCACUCCAGGGCAAACGACAGGAAAGUCCGUGGAGGAGACAACAGUCAGAUUUGAUGGUAGAUCCACCAUUCCCACUUCUCCUUCCGACUCUAGUAGGCCCACAGUAGCCCCAGAAAUAACCACAUCCCUACCCAGGGAUACCACUCCUGGGCAAACAACAGAAAAGGCCAUUGAGGAGACAACAGUCAGAUUUGAUGGUAGAUCCACCAUUCCUACUUCUCCUUCCGAAACUAGUAGACCCACAGAAGCCAAAGAAAUAACCACUUUCCGACCCAGGGAUACCACUCCUGGGCAAACAACAGAAAAGGCCAUUGAGGAGACAACAGUCAGAUUUGAUGGCAGAUCCACCAUUCCUACUUCUCCUUCCGAAACUAGUAGACCCACAGAAGCCCCAGAAAUAACCACAUCCCUACCCAGGCAUACCACUCCUGGGCAAACAACAGAAAAGGCCAUUGAGGAGACAACAGUCAGAUUUGAUGGUAGAUCCACCAUUCCUACAUCUCCUUCUGAAACUAGUAGACCCACGGGAGCCCCAGAAAUAACCACUUCCCUACCCAGGGAUACCACUCCAGGGCAAACGACAGGAAAGUCCGUGGAGGAGACAACAGUCAGAUUUGAUGGUAGAUCCACCAUUCCCACUUCUCCUUCCGACUCUAGUAGGCCCACAGUAGCCCCAGAAAUAACCACAUCCCUACCCAGGGAUACCACUCCUGGGCAAACAACAGAAAAGGCCAUUGAGGAGACAACAGUCAGAUUUGAUGGUAGAUCCACCAUUCCUACUUCUCCUUCCGAAACUAGUAGACCCACAGAAGCCAAAGAAAUAACCACUUUCCGACCCAGGGAUACCACUCCUGGGCAAACAACAGAAAAGGCCAUUGAGGAGACAACAGUCAGAUUUGAUGGUAGAUCCACCAUUCCUACUUCUCCUUCUGAAACUAGUAGACCCACAGGAGCCCCAAAAAUAACCACUUCCCUACCCAGGGAUACCACUCCUGAGCAAACAACAGAAAAGGCCAUUGAGGAGACAACAGUCAGAUUUGAUGGUAGAUCCACCAUUCCUACAUCUCCUUCUGAAACUAGUAGACCCACGGGAGCCCCAGAAAUAACCACAUCCCUACCCAGGGAUACCACUCCUGGGCAAACAACAGAAAAGGCCAUUGAGGAGACAACAGUCAGAUUUGAUGGUAGAUCCACCAUUCCUACUUCUCCUUCCGAAACUAGUAGGCCCACAGUAGCCCCAGAAAUAACCACAUCCCUACCCAGGGAUACCACUCCUGGGCAAACAACAGAAAAGGCCAUUGAGGAGACAACAAUCGCAUUUGAUGGUAGAUCCACCAUUCCUACCUCACCGUCUGAAACUAGUAGACCCACGGGAUCCCCAGAAAUAACCACUUCCCUACCCAGGGAUACCACUCCUGGGCAAACAACAGAAAAGGCCAUAGAGGAGACAACAGUCAGAUAUGAUGGUAGAUCCACCAUUCCUACAUCUCCUUCUGAAACUAGUAGACCCACGGGAGCCUUAGAAACAACCACUUCCCUUCCCAGGGAUACAACUCCUGGGCAAACGACAGAAAAGGCCAUUGAGGAAACAACAGUUAGAUUUGAUGGUAGAUCCACCAUUCCUACUUCUCCUUCUGAAACUAGUAGACCCACAGAAGCCUCAGAAAUAACCACAUCCCUACCCAGGCAUACCAGUCCUGGGCAAACAACAGAAAAGGCCAUUGAGGAGACAACAGUCAGAUUUGAUGGUAGCUCCACCAUUCCUACUUCUCCUUCCGAAACUAGUAGACCCACAGAAGCCAAAGAAAUAACCGCUUUCCGACCCAGGGAUACCACUCCUGGGCAAACAACAGAAAAGGCCAUUGAGGAGACAACAGUCAGAUUUGAUGGCAGAUCUACCAUUCCUACUUCUCCUUCCGAAACUAGUAGACCCACAGAAGCCCCAGAAAUAACCACAUCCCUACCCAGGCAUACCACUCCUGAGCAAACAACAGAAAAGGCCAUUGAGGAGACAACAGUCAGAUUUGAUGGUAGAUCCACCAUUCCUACAUCUCCUGCUGAAACUAGUAGACCCACGGGAGCCCCAGAAAUAACCACUUCCCUACCCAGGGAUACCACUCCUGGGCAAACAACAGAAAAGGCCAUUGAGGAGACAACAAUCGCAUUUGAUGGUAGAUCCACCAUUCCUACAUCUCCUUCUGAAACUAGUAGACCCAAGGGAGCCCCAGAAAUAACCACUUCCCUACCCAGGGAUACCACUCCUGGGCAAACGACAGAAAAGGCCAUUGAGGAAACAACAGUCAGAUAUUAUGAUAGGGGGGCCGUUGCGUCUUCAACUUCCAAAUCCAGCAUUCCGUCAGACUCCUUGGAAUUUACCACUUUCUUAUCCAAAGACAGCACUCCUGGGCAAACAACAGAAAAACCCAUUGAAAGGACAACAGUCAGAUUUGAUGGUAGAUCCACCAUUCCUACAUCUCCUUCUGAAACUAGUAGACCCACAGGAGCCCCAGAAAUAACCACUUCCCUACCCAGGGAUACCACUCCUGGACAAACAACAGAAAAGGCCAUUGAGGAGACAACAGUCAGAUUUGAUGGCAGAUCCACCAUUCCUACUUCUCCUUCUGAAACUAGUAGACCCACAGAAGCCUCAGAAAUAACCACAUCCCUACCCAGGCAUACCAGUCCUGGGCAAACAACAGAAAAGGCCAUUGAGGAGACAACAGUCAGAUUUGAUGGUAGAUCCACCAUUCCUACUUCUCCUUCCGAAACUAGUAGACCCACAGAAGCCCCAGAAAUAACCACUUUCCGACCCAGGGAUACCACUCCUGGACAAACAACAGGAAAGGCCAUUGAGGAAAUAACAGUCAGAUUUGAUGGUAGAUCCACCAUUCCUACUUCUCCUUCCGAAACUAGUAGACCCACAGAAGCCCCAGAAAUAACCACUUUCCGACCCAGGGAUACCACUCCUGGACAAACAACAGAAAAGUCCAGUGAGGAUACCACAGUCGGAUUUGAUGGAAGAUCCACCAUUCCUACUUCUCCUUCCGAAACUAGUAGACCCACAGAAGCCCCAGAAAUAACCACUUUCCGACCCAGGGAUACCACUCCUGGACAAACAAAAGAAAAGUCCAGUGAGGAUACCACAGUCGGAUUUGAUGGAAGAUCCACCAUUCCUACUUCUCCUUCCGAAACUAGUAGACCCACAGAAGCCCCAGAAAUAACCACUUUCCGACCCAGGGAUACCACUCCUGGACAAACAAAAGAAAAGUCCAGUGAGGAUACCACAGUCGGAUUUGAUGGAAGAUCCACCAUUCCUACUUCUCCUUCCGAAACUAGUAGACCCACAGAAGCCCCAGAAAUAACCACUUUCCGACCCAGGGAUACCACUCCUGGGCAAACAACAGAAAAACCCAUUGAAAGGACAACAGUCAGAUUUGAUGGUAGAUCCACCAUUCCUACUUCUCCUUCUGAAACUAGUAGACCCACAGGAGCCUCAGAAAUAACCACUUCACUACCCAGGGAUACCACUCCUGGGCAAACAACAGGAAAGGCCAUUGAGGAAACAACAGUCAGAUUUGAUGGUAGAUCCACCAUUCCUACUUCUCCUUCCGAAACUAGUAGGCCCACAGUAGCCCCAGAAAUAACCACUUUCCGAACCAGGGAUACCACUCCUGGACAAACAACAGAAAAGUCCAGUGAGGAUACCACAGUCGGAUUUGAUGGCAGAUCCACCAUUCCUACUUCUCCUUCUGAAAAUAGUAGACCCACAGAAGCCUCAGAAAUAACCACAUCCCUACCCAGGCAUACCAGUCCUGGGCAAACAACAGAAAAGUCCAGUGAGGAUACCACAGUCGGAUUUGAUGGAAGAUCCAGCAUUCCUACUUCUCCUUCCGAAACUAGUACAACCACAAUAGCCCCAAAAGUGACCACUUCCCCUACGGGGAAUACUACUUUGUGGCCAUUGAUUGAUCGAACAACUCAGAAUCCCUUGGAAGUGGGCCCGUUUUCAACUAUUACGUCCGAAGAAACGACUUUUAUUCCAAUGGUUACUGUUCCUGUAGCCACUACAGUGCUGCCACUUUUGAAUCAUACUGCUUUAUCGAGUAUGGGUAUGGGAUCUGUUUCGGGUGGAAUGCCAAAUGUGACUGACAGAAGCCUGACAACCAAAUCCUUAGACAAUUGUGAAAAAGACUUGGACUGCUUUGACUACGAGACUUGUUUAGGAGGACUAUGCAUAUCGCCCUGUGAAUACUUUAAAAGUCCCUGCACUCAUCAAAACCUGACCGUUUGUCGUACAUUGAACCAUACCACAAUGUGCUUCUGUGAUAACGCCGACGAUGUAAAUAGACCCGGUUGCUCUAUGAAAGCAGAAAUUGGUUGUGCAUCCAGUGCAGAGUGCCCAUCCCACCAGGCAUGCAUCAAUGCUCUGUGCGUUGAUCCUUGCACCUACAGCAAUCCCUGCGGCCGUAACGAGGACUGUCGAGUUCUGGACCACCAGCCUCUGUGCUCCUCAGAAACUGGUCGUACACCUGGCUGCGAACACUGUCCACCAGGUGUCAACUGUGAUCCCACAACGGGAGCUUGUAUCAAGGCUAAUGUAACAAUAACAACUAUUACUACCAAGAACUCCACAUCUACCAAGAUUGGUAAACCAAGAACAACAGCUAACCCCAAUAUUGGUGUCAAAACGACACCAACCACGACAAGGGUCACAACCAAAACCACCAAAAAAACAACCACCACCACCACUACUACCACCUCCUCCACUAUCACAGAAUCGAGCACAAGCACAAGCGCUACUAACCAGACCAGUAAGAACCACAGACCCGACACAGAAAGCACCACCUCCCACACUGAUGCUACGAGGCGGUACCGCGACGGUGAGAACAACAUCACCGAUACUCCAACCCCGACUCCCAGGCCCACGGUCCAGACGACCACGUUGCGGGGCGAGGAUAUAUCGAGCGAUAGCCAGAAGCGCACCACAACGCCCAGAUCGAAGACCACGCGACUGGACACUUCCAAGGAAGUGCCAGAUGCCACCACGUCGUGGCCCAUUGAGCUGCCAACCACUGAGGGCACCACCACGGAGGUCUACGGCACCAUGAUUGCGCCACUGGCCAACACCACUGACAUCUCAUUAAUUAACCCAUGUACACUAGAUACUAAUUGUGCUCCUAACGAGCACUGUAAACAGGGUCAUUGCCGUAAGAAAGAACCGCCGGGUACACCGAAAACACCCGAACCAUGCCAAUCUAACAACGACUGCAUUGAGAGCGAGGCCUGCUACAUGGGUCUGUGCCAGGAUCCGUGUGAGUUUGCCAAGAUCUGCGCCUCGAGCGCCAAGUGCUCGGCGAAGAGUCAUCGACCCAUUUGCACCUGCCCGCAGGGCCAUGAAGGCAACCCAAUGGUCAAGUGUGUGCCCACGCAAACAUCAAUGGAAUGCGCCGAUGACUCAGACUGUGGCAUCACGGAGGCGUGCAUCAACCAGCGCUGCCAGCAUCCCUGCGAUGUCCAUGAUCCUUGCGCCACGAAUGCCGUUUGCAUCAACACCAACCACGCGGCCGAUUGCAGCUGCGGCGAUGGCUUUCAAGGCAACGGAUUUGUUGGCUGCCAGCCAGCACGCACCCAUGUCUGCCAAUACAACGAGGACUGUCCACCGACGAAGCUCUGCGAUCGCCUCAACCGCCGCUGCAUCAAUCCCUGCCAGGAGGAUUCGUGCGGCGAGAAUGCCGAGUGCAUUCCCGUCAACCACGGCACCGACUGUCGCUGCCUGCCCGGAUUCCUGGGCAACGCCUAUGUCCAGUGUCUGCCCAGUCAGGGCUGUCGCUCGGACUCGGAGUGUGACUCCAGCCAGGCCUGUAUCAACGGCAAGUGCUCCUCCCCCUGCCAGUGCGGCGCCUUCGCCCUCUGCGACGUGGUCAACCACCGCGGAGUGUGCAAGUGCCCGCCAGGCUACAAUGGCAAUCCCCAGGUGGGCUGCAGUCCGCCCCAGAAUCCCUGUGAACCAAAUCCCUGCGGCCUUAACGCCCUGUGCGAACUGGACAAUGGCAAUCCCAUCUGCUACUGCCCCAAGGGACUUACUGGAAAUCCAUUCAAGAAUUGCAUUCCGGAGGGUGAUGAGUGCACACCCAAUCCUUGCGGACCUAACUCCGGCUGUCGCCGGGUCGACGGCAACCCCAUUUGCUUCUGCCUGCCGGAGUACGAGGGUCAGCCACCGCAGAUUCCUUGCGAGCUGCCCUCUAAUCCCUGCGAGCCCUCGCCCUGUGGCCCGAACACCCAGUGCUCGGUGCUCAGCAAUGGAUUCUCGAAGUGCACCUGUCUGCCCGGAUAUGUGGAGAGCCCGAACACCAUUCGCGGCUGUGUGGAACCGAUCAACCCCUGUGACCCCAACCCGUGCGGAACAGGAGCCAUUUGCGAUUCAUCGCGUCAACCUGUCUGCUACUGUCCGGACAACAAGAUCGGCAAUCCAUUCCGGUUGUGCGAAAAGCCCGCUGUUUCUAUUGAACUGUGUCAGCCCGGUCCCUGUGGCCGCAAUGCCGACUGUUAUGUGGCCGGUAAUCGCGAGGAAUGCUACUGCCGAUCCGGAUAUAUUGGAGACGCCUACCAAGGCUGUCGCGAACCGAGCCGCACUGUCUGCGAUCCUAACCCCUGCGGACCCAAUGCCAACUGUGUGGUCGAUGGCAAUGGCCAAACUGCCUGCGUCUGCCCCGACGGACUUUCCGGAGAUCCUACUUCGCUCAUCGGCUGCCAUGGCUAUGAGUGCCAAGUAGAUGCCGAUUGUCCACACAGCAAGGCCUGCAUGGGCUUCCGGUGCUACGAUCCUUGUCCCGGAGCCUGCGGCAGUGGAGCCAGUUGCCGUGUCGAAGAACACCACCCGGUGUGCUCUUGCAAUGCUGGCCUGACCGGCAACCCAGGAGUUCGCUGCUAUGCUCUGGAUCAUCCCAAGAAGAACCCCUGCGUGCCAAGUCCAUGUGGAAGGAAUAGCGAAUGCAAGCUGCAGAACAACCGCGCUGUUUGCUCCUGUCUGGCGGGAUACCUCGGCGAUCCUCAGUCUGGAUGCCGACCAGAGUGUGACAUCAACUCGGACUGCGGCGACUCCCUGUCUUGCAUCAAUCACAAGUGCGUGGAUCCUUGUGCCGGAGCCAUUUGUGGCAUCAAUGCUAUUUGCAACGUGCGACAACACACGCCGGUCUGUCUCUGCUUAGACGGAUUUGUUGGCGAUGCCUUCCUGCAGUGCGUACCCAUUGGAAUCUUGAAGAACGUUUCCCGCGAUCCAUGUGCCUCCUCACCUUGUGGACCGCAUGACGUGUGCUCCGUCUAUGGCGAUGGUGUGGCCCUUUGCGAUCCCUGCUUCGGACCCAAUGCCCAGCAGAAUCCUCGCUGCCGACCGGAGUGUGUGGCCAACUCAGAUUGUCCCUUCGAUCGCGCCUGCUUGGGCCAGCGUUGCUUGGAUCCCUGCCCGGGAUCGUGUGGCCGCAACGCCAUCUGCAACGUGUACGAACACAACCCAGUUUGUACCUGUCCAUCGGGACUCUUUGGAAACCCUUACGAGCAGUGCACCACCCAAUCAGUUAUUAUCCCACCACCGCAGCCCAGCUGCGCCAAGCUCCAGUGCGGAGCCAAUGCUGAGUGCAAGCGCCAGCACAGUGGCCUCGCCUGCGUCUGCCGGAAGGGAUACUUCGGAGACCCUCAUAUUGGUUGCCGGCCGGAGUGCGUCCUCAACAGCGACUGUCCCGCCGAAAAGGCCUGUCUGAACUCAAAGUGCGUGGAGGCCUGUUCCGGAGUUUGUGGCAUUAAUGCCAUGUGCCGAGUGGUCAACCAUGCCCCUGUUUGCAUUUGCAACGAGGGAUACAGUGGAGAUGCCUCCAUUGCCUGCAACCCCUAUUACCUGCCACCUGUGGCGCAUCCCUGUGAACCGUCUCCUUGUGGACCUAACUCCCGUUGCCGCGCCACUCCCGAUGGCUUCGCUGCCUGCUCCUGCCUGCCAAACUUCAAGGGAGCUCCGCCCGUUUGCCAGCCAGAGUGCGUGGUCAGCUCGGAGUGUGCUCCCAACCAGGCUUGUCUGAACCAACGCUGUGCCGAUCCCUGCCCCGGAAUCUGUGGCAGUGGAGCCCGCUGCGAGGUGCUCAACCACAACCCGAUUUGCUCGUGUGAACCGAAAUUCGAGGGAGAUCCGUUCGUGGCAUGUUCGCCCAUUCCGGAUCCGGGACGCGAAGUCGAUCUGCCAAAGAACCCAUGUGUGCCAUCCCCCUGUGGACCAAACUCCAUUUGCCAGAUCAAACAAAACCGACCCGUCUGCUCCUGUGUGGCCAACUACAUUGGCAGCCCGCCCUAUUGCCGGCCGGAGUGUACGUUGAGCAGCGAGUGUCCGGCUGACAAGGCCUGCAUCCAAGAGAAGUGCCAGAGUCCGUGUGCCAAUGUUUGUGGACACAACGCCCGUUGUACAGUGAUUGCCCAUUCCGCUCACUGCAGCUGCGAUCAGGGCUUUGAAGGAGACGCCUUCAUCGGCUGCUCCAAGACAAAUGUUGAGAAACCUGGAGAUGACUUUGGACCUUGCUAUCCCAAUCCUUGUGCCGAAAAUGCAGUGUGCACUCCGCACAACAACGCCGCUCGGUGCUCUUGUAUCGAGCCGUACUUCGGAGAUCCGUACACCACUGGUUGCCGUCCGGAAUGUAUCCACAACUCGGAGUGCCCCUCCUCACUGGCCUGCAUCAAGCAGCACUGCCGCAAUCCCUGCACAGCUGCCUGUGGAGCAAAUGCCGAGUGCGCCGUGGUCAACCACCUUCCCACGUGCAGUUGUACGCGCGGCUUUGAGGGUGAUCCCUUCGUGGGCUGCAAGCGGGUGCCGAUUGUGGGACCCGUGAGCGUGUGUGAGCCAAAUCCCUGCGGACCGAACAGCAUUUGCCGAACGGUGGAGGGACAUCCCACGUGCAGCUGCCAGGUUGGAUACUUCGGCGCCCCACCGCAAUGCCGGCCGGAGUGUGUGGUCAGUUCAGAGUGCGCCCAGCACCUGGCCUGCAUCAACCAGAAGUGUGCCGACCCUUGUGCCGAAACCUGCGGAUUCAACGCCAAGUGCCAAGUGAACAACCAUAAUCCGAUUUGCUCUUGUCCAGCCAACUACAUUGGCGAUCCGUUCGAACAGUGUGUGCCGAAGCCUGUGGAACCGCCUCGUAAUGUCGAUCCUUGCCUGCCGAGCCCAUGCGGCCCCAAUGCCAAUUGCCGCAAUGUAAACAACCGAGCGGAGUGCUCUUGCGCCGCCGGAAUGUUUGGAGCUCCUCCAAACUGUCGGCCGGAAUGUGUGAUCAAUCAAGAUUGUCCUUCAAACAGAGCCUGCAUCCGCCAGCGAUGCGAGGAUCCUUGCAUUGGAAUUUGUGGCUUCAACGCCUUGUGUUCGACGCAGAAUCACCAGCCCAAGUGCGGUUGCAUUGAGGGCUUCGAGGGUGAUCCGUACACCGCCUGCAGGAUGCGUGAGAUUGUGGUGCCAGAUAUACCCUCCGAUCCAUGCUAUCCAUCGCCCUGUGGUGCGAAUGCCAUUUGUCGCAUACGCAAUGGUGCCGGCUCCUGUAGCUGCAUCCAGAACUAUUUCGGUGAUCCGUACAUCAACUGCCGCCCGGAGUGCGUGCAGAAUGGCGACUGUCCCAGCAGCAAAGCCUGUAUCAACAUGAAGUGCCGCGAUCCCUGCGCCAAUGCCUGCGGAUUCAAUGCCAUCUGUCGGGUGGCCCAUCACCAGGCCGUUUGCAGUUGCGAUCCCGGCUUCACCGGCAAUCCGCUGCGAGCCUGUGUGGAGAGACCUUCAAACAUGUACCUGCCCCUGCCCAAAGACCCUUGCAGACCCUCGCCUUGUGGGCUGUUCAGCACUUGUCACGUAGCUGGGGAGCGACCCGUGUGCGCCUGCUUGCCAGACUACAUGGGCGCGCCUCCCAACUGCAAGCCCGAGUGCAGGACCAGUGCCGAAUGCCCCUCGGAUAGGGCCUGUAUAAAUCAGAGGUGUCGCGAUCCCUGCCCCGGAACUUGUGGCUACAAUGCCCGCUGUCGGUGCACCAAUCACUCGCCCAUCUGCAGCUGUUACGAUGGCUACACCGGAGAUCCAUUCCAUCAGUGUGUUCCCGAGAGAAAACCAGCACCUGUACCCGAUCCCAUUGUGCCACCGAACCCUUGCGUGCCAUCGCCAUGUGGCCCGAACUCCCAGUGCCAGGUGUCGAGUAGCGGAGCCGUCUGCUCCUGCGUGACUAACUACAUAGGACGUCCACCGGCAUGUCGACCGGAGUGCAGCAUUAAUUCCGAGUGUCCGGCCAAGAUGGCCUGUGUGAAUGCCCGUUGUGCUGAUCCCUGCAUUGGGUCUUGCGGAAAUAAUGCCCUAUGCCAUGUCAGCCUCCAUGUUCCGGUUUGCAUGUGCGAGCCUGGCUUCUCUGGAGAUCCGUUCUCCGGUUGCUACAAGAUUAUUGAGACACCCGUUGAGGUCAUCCAACCCUGUCACCCAAGUCCGUGCGGCUUAAACGCUUUAUGCGAAGAACGAAAUCAGGCCGCCGCCUGCCGGUGCCUCCCCGAGCAUUUUGGUGAUCCGUAUGUGGAGUGUCGCCCCGAGUGCGUCAUCAACUCAGACUGUCCCAGGUCGCGAGCCUGUGUUAACCAGAAGUGCAUCGAUCCGUGUCCGGGAAUGUGUGGCCACAACGCCCUGUGCGCCGUUUUCAAUCACGCCCCCAACUGCGAGUGCCUGCCGGGUUACACGGGAAAUCCCAUAGUGGGUUGUCAUCUAGUACCCGAAACUCCGCGUCUGCCCGAUCCCAUAGUGCCCGAAAAUCCCUGCCAGCCCUCGCCCUGUGGCCUCUACAGCAACUGUCGUCCUGUGAAUGGUCAUGCAGUCUGCUCCUGUGUGCCCAACUACAUUGGCUCGCCGCCGAACUGCCGGCCCGAGUGCAUGAGCAGCUCAGAGUGCGCCCAGGACAAGUCGUGUCUGAAUGAGCGCUGCAAGGACCCCUGCCCUGGUACUUGCGGCAAUAACGCGCUCUGCCGCGUCGUCAAUCACAAUCCCAUCUGCUCCUGCAGUCCAGGUUACAGCGGUGAUCCCUUCGUGCGCUGCUUCCCGCAAGAGAAGCGGCCCAUCGUCCGCGAGGAUCCUUGUGUGCCCUCGCCCUGCGGGCCCAACUCUCAGUGUCGGGUGUCGGCCGCCAACGAGCAGGCCGUCUGCUCGUGCUUGCAACAUUACGUGGGCAGGGCUCCCAACUGCCGGCCGGAGUGCACCUCGGACUCCGAGUGCCCCGGCAAUCUGGCCUGCAUCAAUCUGCGGUGUCGGGAUCCGUGUGUGGGUACAUGCGGCAUCCAAACCACCUGUCUUGUAAAUAAUCACCGACCCAUUUGCCGCUGCAUCGAUGGCUAUGCGGGCGAUCCAUUCUCAGAGUGUAGUCCGAAGAUUAUUGUCCCGCCCGAGGUGGCCCAACCCUGCAAUCCGAGUCCCUGUGGCGCCAAUGCCGUGUGCAACGAGCGCAAUGGCGUGGGCUCCUGCUCCUGCUUGCCUGAGUAUAACGGAGAUCCGUACACCGAGUGCCGUCCGGAGUGCCUGCUGAAUAGCGAUUGCGCCAAGAAUCGUGCCUGCCUGAACAACAAGUGCCGAGACCCCUGUCCGGGAGUUUGCGGCGUAUCCGCUGAAUGCCACGUUAUUAACCACGCGCCGAGCUGUAGUUGCCCCUCCGGAUUCACGGGCAAUCCAUCGCAGUACUGUCGGGAAAUACCAAUAUUGGCCCCACCUGUUGAGCCCUGCCGUCCCUCGCCAUGCGGUCCUUACAGCCAGUGCCGUGAGGUGAACGGACAUGCGGUCUGCUCCUGCGUCACCAAUUACAUUGGCACUCCGCCCGCCUGUCGACCGGAGUGCUCGGUCAGUUCCGAGUGCGCCCAAGACAGAGCUUGCGUGAACCAGCGGUGCGUCGACCCAUGUCCGGGCACCUGUGGUCACGAGGCCAUCUGCAAGGUGACCAACCACAACCCGAUUUGCUCGUGUGCUGCCGGCUACAGCGGCGAUCCGUUCGUGCGCUGUUCCCCGUGGCAAGAUGAGCCAGAGCGUCCGAAGGCCAAUGAGAAUCCUUGCGUACCCAGUCCCUGCGGUCGCAACUCCCAGUGCCGUGUCGUGGGUGAGACGGGAGUGUGCUCCUGUUUGCCCAAUUUCGUUGGCCGUGCGCCCAACUGCCGGCCAGAGUGUACGCUGAACACUGAGUGUCCUGCCACUCUGGCCUGCAUUAAUGAGCGCUGCCAGGAUCCUUGUCCGGGAUCCUGUGGCUUCAAUGCCUACUGCAGCGUGGUGAACCACUCGCCCGUCUGCUCUUGCGACAAUGGCUUCACUGGUGAUCCGUUCUCCGGAUGCAAUCCCCAACCUGUGCCCGAACCCGACGAGCGCCUUACUCCCUGUCAGCCAUCGCCCUGCGGCCCCAAUGCUGAGUGCCGUGAACGCAACGGCGCCGGCUCCUGUACGUGUCAGCCGGGCUACUUCGGCGAUCCGUACAGCGGCUGUCGUCCGGAGUGCGUGGUGAACAGUGAUUGCUCGCGCGACAAAUCCUGUGUCAACCAGAAGUGCGUGGACCCAUGUCCUGGCGUUUGUGGCUUGAAUGCCGAAUGUCGUGUGUCCAAUCACCUGCCCAGCUGCACAUGUCUGGCCGGAUACACCGGAAACCCGUCGAGUGCUUGUCGUGAAAUUCCCCAGUUACCCCCACCACCCGAGCGAGAUGAACACCCUUGCCAGCCCUCGCCCUGCGGUCCGUACAGUCAGUGUCGGGAGAUCAACGGCCAUGCCGUCUGCUCCUGCCAGCAGGGCUUCAUCGGAUCGGCUCCCAACUGCCGGCCCGAGUGCGUCAUUAGCUCCGACUGCGCCCAAGACCUCAAUUGCCAAAACCAGAAGUGCGUGGACCCGUGUCCGGGCACUUGUGGUAUCGAGGCGCGCUGCCAGGUUAUUAAUCACUAUCCCGCAUGCUCCUGUGCCCCAGGUUUUACCGGAGAUCCCUUCAACCGAUGCACUAAGAUUAUAUUGGAGCCCCCACCCGCCGAAAAGUCCGGCAAUCCCUGCGUCCCCUCACCAUGUGGACCCAACUCGAAAUGCAUCGAUGUCCGCGGGUCACCUGCAUGCUCCUGCCUGCCGGACUACCUCGGCCGUCCGCCCAACUGCCGGCCCGAGUGCCUCAGCAGUGCCGACUGUCCGGCCAACUUGGCCUGCGUGAACCAGCGCUGCACCAACCCGUGCAUCGGUGCCUGUGGCCUGCACUCCGUGUGCACAGCCAUCAAGCACCGACCGACGUGCGAGUGUGUGCCUGGUUACACCGGAGAUCCGUUCUCCGGCUGUGCGAUUGUGCAGCAAAUUUCACCCACGGAGGAGCCACGCAAUCCCUGUAACCCCAGCCCAUGUGGAGCGAAUGCGAUUUGCCGAGAGCGCAAUGGAGCCGGCUCCUGUGCCUGCUUGCCGGAAUACUUCGGAGAUCCGUACAGCGGCUGCCGACCGGAAUGUGUCCAGAACGAUGACUGCGAUCGCUCGCGAGCCUGCAUCCGCAACAAGUGCCAGGACCCUUGUCCUGGAGCCUGUGGCAUCAAUGCUGAGUGCCGUGUUCUGAACCAUGGACCCAACUGCAACUGCUUCGAUGGCUACACCGGCGAUCCACAUCGCUCGUGUGCGCUCAUCGAGGUGGUCACCCGUCGUCCGGAGAAUCCCUGCCAGCCGUCCCCCUGCGGUCCGUACAGUCAGUGCCAAAACACUAACAGCCACGCGGUGUGCAGCUGUGUGGAGGGUUACAUCGGUGCCCCGCCCAGCUGCAAGCCGGAGUGUGUGGUCAGCUCGGAGUGCCCUCAGAAUCGUGCCUGCAUUAAUCAGAAGUGCGAGGAUCCGUGCCGAGGUGCCUGUGGCAACAAUGCCAAGUGCCAGGUGGUGAACCACAACCCCAUCUGCAGUUGCCAGCCUGGCAUGACCGGAGACCCCAUCUCCGGAUGCCUACCCACCAAGGAGGAAAAGAGUUCCGACAAUCCUUGCAUUCCGUCGCCUUGUGGACCCAAUUCCGUUUGCCGCGAGAUCGGCAACCAGGCGGCCUGCUCCUGCAACGCCAACUAUAUUGGAAGACCGCCGAACUGCCGACCGGAGUGCACCAACAACGACGAGUGCCAAAACCAUCUGUCCUGCCAGCAGGAGCGAUGUGUGGAUCCUUGCCCAGGAUCGUGCGGCAGUAACGCCAUCUGCCAGGUCGUGCAGCACAAUGCUGUCUGCUCCUGCGCCGACGGCUAUGAGGGUGAUCCGCUUUUCGGUUGUGAGCUGAUUCGCGCCAUCGUGCCCACUGAACCGCCAACCUCUCCGUGCGAACCUUCUCCUUGCGGUCCGCAUGCCGAGUGCCGUGAGAGAAACGGAGCCGGAGCCUGCUACUGCCAUGAUGGAUUCGAAGGAAAUCCGUAUGAUGCCCAGCGCGGAUGCCGACGUGAGUGCGAGGAUAACGAUGAGUGCUCGCCUGCCCAGGCCUGCGUGCGUUUCAAGUGCGUGGAUCCCUGCGACAAUAUCUGCGGCGAAUAUGCCAUCUGCACGGUGGAGAAACAUGUGCCCACUUGUGACUGCCCGCCAGGAUACACUGGAGAUCCGUUCUUCAGCUGCAAACCGGUGCCGGUGACGCCACGACCCAUACUUAACCCGUGCAAUCCUUCGCCUUGCGGACCCAACAGCAACUGCCGCGCCAUGAACAACCAGGCCGUGUGCUCCUGCCAAUCUGGAUUCGUAAACCAGCCGCCGAACUGCCGACCCGAGUGCGUGGUGAGUGCCGAGUGUGCUCCGGAACGUGCUUGUGUCAACAAGAAGUGCGUGGAUCCUUGCCUGCACACCUGCGGAAUUCGAGCCAUCUGUACCACCAAGAACCACAGCCCCAUCUGCACAUGCCCACGCGGUAUGACCGGAGAUCCGUUUGUCCAGUGCACCAAAGUUGCCAUUGUAAACGACGCCACAACACCUUCACCGCCACCAGCUUCGUGUGUUCCAUCGCCCUGUGGACCCAACGCCAAGUGCCAGAUCGUGGGCAACAGCCCGGCCUGUUCCUGCCUGCCAAACUACAUUGGAGCUCCGCCACGCUGUCGUCCGGAGUGUGUUCUCAACUCGGAGUGCGGUCCCACUGAGGCCUGCAUCAACCAAAAGUGUGGUGAUCCUUGCUCAGGAUCUUGCGGCUUCGAGGCCAAGUGCCAUGUUUUGAACCACCUGCCCAUCUGCAACUGCAUUGAAGGCUACGAAGGCGAUCCGUUUGUGCGAUGCACCAAGAAACCAGAACAGAAGACGCCAGUGGUGACAGACCCAUGCAAUCCCAACCCAUGCGGUCCCAACGCCGACUGUUUCAACGGAGAGUGCCGUUGCCAGAACAACUAUCAAGGCAAUCCUUUCGAGGGCUGCCGUCCAGAGUGCACCCUUUCGGCCGACUGUCCCCGUGACAAGGCCUGCGUGCGAAACCGCUGCGUGGAUCCAUGCCCUGGCAUUUGUGGCAACAACGCCAUUUGCGAAGUACUUAACCACAUCCCGGUGUGCUCCUGUCUUCAGGGAUACGAAGGAGAUCCGUUCACCAACUGCCGCGUGAAGCCAGUCGUGGAGGACCCCAUUGUGGAGGCCUGCAACCCAUCGCCCUGCGGCGCCAACAGCCAGUGCCGCGACGUUAAUGGACAUGCCGUGUGCUCCUGCCUGGCGGGAUACAUUGGAGCUCCGCCUCAGUGUCGACCCGAGUGUGUGGUGUCCAGCGAGUGCUCCGCUCUUCAAGCCUGUGUCAACAAGAAGUGCGUAGAUCCUUGCGCCGCAGCUUGCGGCCUGGAGGCCCGCUGCGAGGUGAUUAACCACAGUCCGAUUUGCGGAUGCCCACCCGGACGCACAGGUGAUCCGUUUAAGCAAUGUGUGGAGAUUCCCAUCACGCCAGAUGUUAAAGAAUCGCCUCAAGAUCCCUGCUCACCCUCGCCCUGCGGACCCAACUCCAUUUGCAAGCCCGACAAGAGCGGACCAGUUUGCCAGUGCCAGCCGGAGUUCUUCGGCUCGCCUCCCAACUGCCGCCCCGAGUGCAUCAUCAAUCCGGAUUGCCAGUCCACCCAGGCAUGCAUCAACAACAAGUGUCGCGAUCCCUGUCCAGGAUCCUGCGGUACCAACGCCGAGUGCAGAGUUAUCGGACACACUGUGUCGUGCUCCUGCCCGCCAGGAUUCGCCGGCAAUGCGUUUGUGCAGUGUGUGCCCCAGGAGAAGGAGCCAGUGAAGCCGUGCCAGCCAUCGCCGUGUGGACCGAACGCCGACUGCAUCGAGAGGAACGGAGCCGCUGCCUGCAAGUGCAUCGACGAGUACCAGGGCAACCCCUACGAGGGCUGCCGACCGGAGUGCGUGCUUAGCUCGGACUGCCCGACAGACAAGGCCUGCAUCCGCAACAAGUGCCAAGACCCUUGCCCUGGAAUCUGUGGCCUGAACGCCCAAUGCUUCGCCGUGAAUCACGUGCCCAACUGCGUCUGUAACGACGGCUUCACCGGUGAUCCGUUCACCAGCUGCCGUCGUGUGGAGGUGACCACUCCACCACCGGUGUCCGAUCCCUGCCAGCCAUCGCCCUGCGGAGCCAACAGCAAAUGCCGUGUGGCCAACGGUCUGGCCGUGUGCUCAUGCCUGGACACCUUUGUGGGUGCUCCUCCGAACUGCAAGCCGGAGUGCACAGUCAAUGCCGAGUGUCCGUCCAACAAGGCCUGCCACAAAUUCCGUUGCGCCAAUCCGUGCGCCAACACUUGUGGCCUGAAUGCCAAGUGCGAGGUUCGCAAUCACAACCCCAUCUGCAGCUGUCCUUCUGACAUGACGGGUGAUCCAUUCGCUCGCUGCUAUCCGGCACCCGCUCCGACGCCGGUGCCCAAGGACGUGCCUGUGGCCAAGAGACCAUGCCAGCCAUCGCCAUGCGGAUUGUAUUCCGAGUGCCGAGUGCGCGACGAACAGGCCUCCUGCUCCUGCCUGCCCAACUACAUUGGAGCGCCACCCAACUGCCGACCCGAGUGCAUUGUGAACACGGACUGUGCCUCUGAUAGAGCCUGCAUCGCCGAGAAAUGUCGCGAUCCGUGCGACGGCUCCUGCGGAGUCAAUUCCGAGUGCCGCAUUCAAAACCAUCUUGCCAUCUGCACCUGCCGCGGAGGAUUUACCGGCGAUCCGUUCGUCCAGUGUGUGGAGAUUAUCGAAACGUCGACCAAAUCGCCACCACUCAGUGCCGAUCCUUGCGACCUGCAGCCUUGCGGUGCCAAUGCCCAGUGCAGGAACGGAAUCUGCAGUUGCCUGCCGGAUUACCACGGCGACGCAUACACCGGUUGCCGCCCUGAAUGUACUCUGAGUACCGAUUGCCCGGCCACCAAGGCUUGCCUGAACAAGAAGUGCGUGGAUCCUUGCCCAGGAGUUUGUGGACAGAACUCGCAGUGCGAUGUCUCGAACCACAUACCCAUUUGCAGUUGCCUGCAGGGCUACACUGGCGAUCCGUUCGUCCACUGUCGCCAAGAGACUCCCGUGCCAAAGGACCCUUGUCAGCCAAACCCGUGCGGACCGAACAGCUUGUGCCAUGUUUCCGCCCAAGGACCUGUGUGUGCCUGCCAAGCAGGCAUGCUGGGAUCCCCGCCAGCCUGCAAGCCGGAGUGCAUAGUUAGUUCCGAGUGUUCGCUGCAGACGGCCUGUGUCAACAGGAAGUGCGUCGAUCCCUGCCCAGGAGCCUGUGGACAGUUUGCCCGCUGCCAGGUGAUCAACCACAACCCGUCCUGCUCUUGCAACACGGGCUACACCGGCGAUCCGUUCACACGCUGCUACCAGGAGGAGCGAAAGCCACCACCAACACCUGAAAAUCCGUGCCAGCCAUCGCCCUGCGGCCCCAACUCCGAGUGCAAGGUGCUCAAUGGUAACGCGGCCUGCUCGUGUGCCGCCACCUUCAUUGGAACGCCACCCAGCUGUCGACCGGAGUGCUCCAUCAAUCCGGAAUGCCCGCCCACCAAGGCCUGCAUACGUCAGAAGUGCUCGAAUCCGUGCGUGAAUGCCUGCGGCUUCAAUGCCCGUUGUAAUGUCGCCAAUCACCAACCCAUCUGCACUUGCGAUGUGGGCUACACUGGAGAUCCGUUCACCGGCUGUCAAAAGGAGCAAGAACGCAUAGUUAACGAGCAGGUGACCCCCUGCGAACCUAAUCCCUGUGGCUCCAAUGCUGUAUGCCGCGAAAGGAACGGGAUCGGCUCCUGCCAGUGCCUGCCCGACCAUUUCGGCGACCCGUAUCAGUCGUGUCGUCCGGAAUGCGUCCGCAACUCGGACUGCCCCUCGAACAAGGCGUGCCAGCAACAAAAGUGUCGUGACCCCUGCCCCGGCACUUGUGGAACUAAUGCGGACUGCAGUGUCACGAACCACCUGCCCACCUGUAUAUGCCGCCCUGGAUACAUUGGGGAUCCAUACCGCUACUGCCACGUGGAACCAGCCCAGCCAAUUCGUCUGGCCGAACCCACUCAACCGUGUCGUCCCUCGCCCUGCGGUCCCAAUUCCCAAUGUCGCGAACUCAACGGUCAAGCUGUGUGCUCCUGCCUGGAGCUCCACAUAGGUUUGCCUCCCAACUGCCGGCCAGAGUGCGUGUUGAGCACGGAGUGCCCCACCGACAAGGCUUGUAUCAGUCAACGUUGUCAGGAUCCUUGUCCUGGUACGUGCGGCAUUAACGCCGAGUGCCGGGUUCGUAAUCACAGCCCCCUUUGCCAGUGUCGUCCGGGCUUCACCGGCGACUCCUUUACCCGUUGUUAUGCUCUGCCACCUCCACCGCCCGAAAUUAAGGAUGUCUCGCGCGAUCCUUGCCUACCGUCGCCUUGCGGACUGAACAGCCAGUGCCGCAAUGUACAGGGUGUGCCGUCAUGCUCAUGUCUACCGGAAUUCCUUGGAGCACCGCCCAACUGUCGACCCGAGUGCACUAUUAGUGCAGAGUGCGCCUCCAACCUGGCGUGUAUCAGGGAAAAGUGUAUUGAUCCGUGCCCAGGCUCCUGUGGCUAUGCUGCCGAAUGUAAUGUGGUGAACCACACGCCUAUUUGCGUGUGUCCGGUUGGCUUUACGGGUGAUCCGUUUAGUAGUUGUCGCCUCGCACCACCCGAGCCAGUGCUAAAUGAGUAUGUCGAUCCCUGCAAUCCGUCGCCAUGUGGUGCCAAUGCCCAGUGCAACGCCGGUACCUGUACUUGCCUCCCCGAAUUCCACGGUGAUCCCUACUCCGGCUGCCGGCCAGAGUGCGUCCUCAACUCCGAUUGUCCCAGGGACAAGGCCUGCCUGCGCAGCAAGUGCCUGAACCCGUGUCCGGGCACUUGUGGCGAGAACGCUAUCUGUGAUGUCAUCAACCACAUACCCAUGUGUAGAUGUCCGGAUGGUACUGCUGGCAGCGCCUUCAUCCGUUGCUCUCCAGUGCACAUUUCUAUUGUAACCAAUCCUUGCCGACCAUCUCCCUGUGGUCCCAACUCCCAGUGCCGUGAGGUCAACCAGCAAGCCGUUUGCUCCUGCUUGCCCAGCUUCAUAGGAGCCCCACCAUCCUGCCGACCCGAAUGCACCUCCAAUGCCGAGUGUGCACCCACCCAGGCGUGUCUCAAUCAACGGUGCGGAGAUCCCUGCCCCGGAACUUGCGGAGUGGGUGCCAAUUGCGCCGUGGUCAGCCACAGUCCCUUCUGCACUUGUCCCGAGAGGUUUACGGGUAAUCCGUUCAUUCGUUGCCAACCUCAAAUUGAACCCACUCGCGAUGUUGUACCCACUGAUCCUUGUCGCCCUUCGCCGUGUGGACCUUACUCCCAGUGUCGUCCGGUUGGGGAAGCCCCAGCCUGCUCCUGUUUGGAGACCUACAUAGGCCGACCACCCAACUGCCGACCUGAGUGUGUAACCAGUUCGGAUUGUUCCAGCCAGUUGGCCUGCGUCAACCAGAAAUGCGUCGAUCCCUGUCCAGGGCGCUGUGGUCUGAAUGCCGAAUGCCGCGUUGUUAGUCAUGCCCUCCAGUGCAUUUGCCUACAAGGAUACACCGGAGAUCCGUUUGUGCAAUGCAACCCGGAAAUCAUCCGGGACAUUGAGAUCCGCACUCCUUGUAGCCCAAGUCCAUGUGGAACAAAUGCCGUUUGCCGCGAUCGCAAUGGAGUCGGAUCCUGCCAAUGUCUUCCGCAGUACUUCGGAGACCCGUACGAAGGUUGUCGUCCCGAGUGCAUGCUGGACUCGGACUGUCCAUCGAACAGAGCCUGCCAGCAGUUGAAGUGCCAAGAUCCCUGCCCCGGAACAUGCGGACUGAACGCCAAUUGCCAAGUGGUUAACCAUCUUCCCACUUGCAGUUGUAUAGUUGGCUACGUGGGAGAUCCAUAUCGCCAGUGCAACCGGCUCCCGGAACCCCCUCAAAACGAGUACGUUAACCCAUGCCAGCCCAAUCCCUGUGGCCCCAAUUCUCAGUGCCGCGUUUCCAACGAGCAAGCCGUUUGCUCCUGUUUGCCCCAGUUUGUGGGAACGCCGCCGUCCUGUCGUCCCGAGUGCACCAUAUCCUCGGAGUGCGCGGCCGACAAGGCGUGCGUUAACCAGAAGUGUGUAGAUCCCUGUGCGGCGGAUAUUUGUGGCAGCAAUGCCGUGUGUAGGGUGCGGAACCACAGUCCCAUCUGCAGCUGCCUCAGCGGUUACACAGGCGAUGCAUUCACUCGUUGCUUCCCCAUUCCACCGCCUCCUGUUGAGAUCAAAAACGAACCCCUGCGAGAUCCUUGUGUGCCAACACCUUGUGGACCCAAUUCAGAGUGCCGUAAUAUCAACGGUGUGCCGGCCUGCUCCUGCCUGGCUAGCUUCAUCGGUCAGGCGCCCAACUGUCGUCCGGAAUGUACCAUCAACUCGGAGUGCCCCAGCCAAUUGGCUUGCAUCAACCAGAAGUGCCGCGAUCCCUGCCCCGGAGCUUGCGGCUUGAAUGCCGUCUGCAGUGUCAUCAACCAUACCCCGCUCUGCGCCUGCAUCGAGGGCUAUAUAGGCAAUCCGUUUACGAACUGCAAUCCCAAGCCCCCAGAACCCACAACGCCUCCAGUUGCUGACGAUCCCUGCAACCCAUCUCCUUGUGGAACCAACGCCUUGUGCCGAAAUGGACAGUGCUCAUGCAUACCCGAGCACCAAGGAGAUCCCUAUGUUUCGUGUCGCCCGGAGUGCGUGCUGAACACGGACUGUCCCAGAGAUCGCGCCUGUGUGCGCAACAAGUGCAUUGACCCUUGCCCCGGAACCUGUGGUGUUAAUGCUUUGUGCGAGGUUACCAACCACAUUCCCAUCUGCCGCUGUCCGGAGCAGAUGUCCGGCAAUGCAUUCUUCGAAUGUCGACCAGUGCCACCAGCCAAAAUCCAAGAUCCCUGUCGACCAUCGCCUUGUGGACCGAAUAGUCAGUGUCGGGUGGUGCAGCAGACUGCGGUCUGCUCCUGCCUGGCUGACUAUGUCGGCAGCCCGCCGCGAUGUCGUCCGGAGUGUGUCACUAACUCUGAUUGUCCUGCCGAUCAGGCUUGCCAAAAUAUGAAGUGUCGUGAUCCUUGCCCUGGUACUUGUGGCUUCAACGCACUUUGCAACGUCGUUAAUCACAGUCCCUUCUGCAGCUGCCCCACGGGCAUGUCUGGCAAUCCAUUCGUGCGCUGUGAACAGCUAAUAAUUCGGGACGAGAAACCUCAGAAUCCUUGCGUGCCUUCUCCGUGUGGUCCAAAUUCUGAAUGUCGGGUAACGGGUGACUCUCCAUCAUGCUCCUGCCUGGCAGAAUUCAUAGGUGCUCCACCAAACUGCCGGCCCGAGUGCAUUUCCAACUCGGAGUGUCCCACCAAUCAAGCGUGCAUCAAUCAAAAAUGCUCGGAUCCUUGCCCAGGACUCUGUGGUCAAAAUGCCAACUGCCGUGUUUUCAGUCACACUGCCAUGUGCUUGUGCGACGGCGGCUUCACUGGGGAUCCGUUUAGUCAGUGCAGUCCCAUUAGGGAUACCCCCGUUGAAGUUCUGCAGCCAUGCAACCCCAGCCCUUGUGGCGUAAAUGCCAAGUGCGAAGAGCGCGGUGGUGCAGGAUCUUGUCAGUGUCUGCCUGAUUACUUCGGAAAUCCCUACGACGGCUGUCGUCCCGAGUGUGUUCUAAACUCCGACUGCCCGUCGAAUCUGGCGUGUGUGAACCAGAAAUGCCGCGAUCCUUGCCCCGGAACCUGUGGCCAGAACGCCGAGUGCCAAGUGGUUAACCACCUGGCUACUUGUAACUGCUUGACAGGCUACAACGGCGACCCAUACAGCGUGUGUCGCAUCAUAGUCAACGAACCACCUGUUCCUGUUUACGUAAAUCCUUGUCAGCCUUCCCCAUGCGGCCCCAACUCCCAAUGUCGGGAGAUCAACGAACAAGCCGUUUGCUCUUGCCUGGCCGAGUUUAUUGGCAGCCCGCCUGCCUGUCGUCCUGAAUGCACCAGUAGCUCCGAAUGUCCUGCUGACAAGGCCUGUGUGAACCGCAAGUGCGUGGAUCCCUGUCCGAAUGUUUGCGGCCAGCAGGCCGAGUGUCGUGUCCGCAACCACAAUCCCAUUUGCACCUGCAUUAGUGGAUUUACUGGCGAUCCGUUCACGCGUUGUUACCGUCAGCCGCCUCCUCCACCAGUGAUUAAUGAACCUACCGACCCUUGUGUUCCCUCGCCUUGCGGUGCGAACUCCCAGUGUCGUGAGAUUCAUGGUACACCUUCCUGCUCAUGUUUGCCCCAGUUCCUGGGUACACCACCCAACUGUCGUCCAGAGUGCUCCAUUAACGCUGAGUGCCCGAGCCACCAGGCGUGCAUUAAUCAGAAGUGCCGCGAUCCGUGCCCCGGGUCAUGUGGCCUCAACACCCAGUGCAAUGUCAUCAACCAUACUCCCAUCUGCAGUUGUCUGACGGGCUACAUCGGUGAUCCGUUUAGCGUCUGCAAUCCCGAACCACCAGCGAAAAUCCAAGAUCCAUUGCCGCCAGAGGACCCGUGUUACCCCUCUCCUUGUGGCUCCAACGCCCAAUGCAACAACGGAGUAUGUUCUUGUCUGCCGGAAUAUCACGGUGACCCGUACACCGGCUGCCGUCCCGAGUGUGUUCUGCACACGGACUGCGAUCGAAGCCGAGCUUGUGUCCGCCACAAGUGUGUCGAUCCCUGUCCCGGAAUUUGUGGCUCCAAUGCGAUUUGUGAGGUCCUUAACCACAUUCCCAAUUGCCGUUGUCCCGAGGGAAUGCAAGGCAAUGCCUUUGUUCAGUGCAGCCCAGUGCCACAACUCGACGUAGUGCAGAAUCCUUGUCAACCUUCCCCAUGCGGACCCAACUCCCAGUGCCGCGUCAUCAAUCAGCAGGCUAUCUGCUCAUGUAUCACGCCUUUCAUCGGAAGUCCACCAUUCUGUCGACCUGAAUGCACCACCAACUCCGAGUGCCCGUUGAACUUGGCCUGUCUCAACCAGAAGUGCGGUGAUCCGUGCCCAGGCGUUUGUGGCCGUAACGCCCAGUGCCAUGUGACGAACCACAGUCCGUUCUGUCGCUGCUUAGAGCGCCACACUGGAAAUCCCUUCGUGAGCUGCCAGCUGAUCAUUGAACCGCCAGUACCUCCUCCAAGGCAGACAUGUCUGCCCUCGCCGUGCGGACCAUAUUCCCAGUGCCGUGAGGUCAACGAGUCGCCGUCCUGCACUUGCCUGCCGGACUACAUUGGAGCUCCUCCAAACUGCAGACCCGAAUGUGUGACUAGCUCGGAGUGCCCAACAAGCCAGGCCUGCAUACAGCAAAAGUGCCGCGAUCCUUGUCCAGGACUUUGUGGACAAUCGGCGAUCUGCCGCGUCAUCUCCCACACUCCCAGCUGCAUCUGUCCCGAGGGUAUGGAGGGUGAUCCAUUCACUUUCUGCACCGAAAAGAGGAUUCAACAACUGGAUCAGCUAGAUCCCUGCAAUCCCAGCCCCUGUGGAGUCAAUGCCCGUUGUACUUCUCGCCAAGAUGCCGGCUCUUGCCAGUGCUUGCCAGAGUACUUUGGAAAUCCCUAUGAGGGAUGCCGCCCUGAAUGCAUCCUUAACUCUGACUGUCCCUCCAACAAGGCCUGCCAACAGCAAAAGUGUCAGGAUCCCUGCCCGGGAACUUGUGGUCAGAAUGCCUUGUGCAAUGUUCUCAACCACGUUCCCACAUGUAGUUGCAUAACUGGCUAUUCCGGUGACCCGUAUCGGUUGUGCAUCCCAGAACGUCAACCCAUCAAGGAGUAUGUGAAUCCCUGCCAGCCAUCCCCGUGCGGUCCCAACUCUCAGUGCCGUGAAAGUAACGAACAGGCCGUGUGCUCCUGUCUUCCCGAGUAUGUGGGUGCCCCACCAGCGUGUCGGCCCGAAUGCACCAUCUCCUCGGAGUGUCCUCUUGACAAGGCAUGUGUUGGCCAGAAGUGCAUCGACCCCUGUCCAAAUACCUGCGGAGAACAAGCCACCUGUCGGGUGGUCAACCACAGUCCCAUUUGUACAUGUCGCGCCGGUUAUACGGGCGAUGCCUUUUUGCGCUGUUUCCCCGUGCCUCCUGUUCCACCUCCGGCCAUCCAAAAGACUCCAGUCGAUCCCUGUGUUCCCUCCCCAUGCGGCCCCUACUCCCAAUGCCGCGCACAAGGCGAUGCUCCCGCUUGUUCCUGCUUGGUUGGCUAUCUGGGAGCUCCUCCCAAUUGCCGACCUGAGUGCCGAAUUAACGCUGAGUGUCCCAGCAGCCAGGCAUGCAUCAAUGAGAAGUGUAGGGAUCCUUGCCCCGGCUCCUGUGGCUAUGGCGCCAUAUGCAAUGUGAUUAACCACACGCCUAGCUGCAUCUGUCCGGCAGGAUACACGGGUGAUCCGUUCAGUCAAUGCCAGCCCCAGCCACCACCACCGCCGACACCCGUUAAGCUUGAUGAUCCAUGCAACCCCUCCCCCUGCGGCCCCAAUGCCCAGUGCAACAACGGAGUAUGCACAUGCAUUCCGGAGUACCACGGCGACCCGUACAGUGGCUGCCGACCCGAGUGCAUCACCAGCCUGGACUGCGCCCGCAACUUGGCUUGUGCGCGUCACAAAUGCUUCGAUCCCUGCCCCGGAACCUGUGCCCCUAAUGCCAUCUGCUCGGUUAUCAACCACGUGCCCAUGUGUACAUGCCCAGAGGGUUAUGCUGGCAAUGCGUUUGUCCAGUGCCAGCCCAUACCACCCCCUGCCAUUGUCCAGCCCUGCCAACCCUCUCCAUGCGGACCCAAUUCUCAAUGCAGGGAGGUCAACCAACAGGCCGUUUGCUCCUGUGUGUCGGGAUACAUUGGAACGCCGCCACUUUGUCGGCCGGAGUGCACCUCAAACUCGGAGUGCCAAUCCCGCCUGGCCUGCGUGAACCAGAAGUGUGUGGAUCCCUGUCCCGGAUCUUGUGGUCGCAAUGCCCAGUGCAGUGUCGUCAACCACAAUCCGUUCUGCACCUGCCUCCCGCGCUUCACUGGCAAUCCCUUCGUGGGCUGCCAGCAGAUCAUCGAACCGCCGCAGCAGGACAUUGUGCCUCAGGAUCCUUGCCGUCCGUCGCCUUGUGGACCCAACUCAGAAUGCCGCGCCGUUGGAGAGACUCCCACUUGCACUUGCCUGGCUGAUUUUGUUGGCUCUCCGCCGUAUUGCAAGCCAGAGUGCGUUGCCAACUCGGAGUGCCCGUCCAACCUGGCUUGCAUCAAUCAGAAGUGUAAGGAUCCCUGCCCAGGUCUAUGUGGUAUCAGUGCCAUCUGUCGCGUCGUCUCCCACACGGCCAUGUGCAUUUGCGAUGUGGGUCUCACCGGAGAUCCCUUCACCCAAUGCCAGCCCGUUGUGGCCGAUGUUGAGAUCAUCAAUCCGUGCCAGCCCUCACCCUGCGGCGCCAACGCGGAGUGCAUCCAACGGAAUGGAGCUGGAGCCUGUCAGUGUCUUACGGACUACUUCGGAAACCCAUAUGAAGGCUGUCGUCCGGAGUGCGUUUUGAACUCUGAUUGCCCGUCGAACAGAGCCUGCCAGCAGCAGAAGUGCCGCGAUCCCUGCCCCGGAAGCUGUGGACAGAAUGCCGAGUGCAAUGUGGUGAACCAUACGCCCAUGUGCAACUGCUACCCGGGAUACAUCGGCGACCCGUAUCGCUAUUGCAGCCAACCGCCAGAACCUAUUGUCCAUGAGUACGUGAAUCCCUGCCAACCCUCGCCCUGUGGCCCGAACUCAAACUGUCGCGAAAUAAACGAGCAGGCCGUCUGCUCGUGCCGGGCCGAGUUCGAAGGAGCCCCGCCCAACUGCCGACCCCAAUGCACCUCGAGUUCUGACUGUGCCGCCAACAGGGCCUGCAUCAACUACAAGUGUGUUGAUCCAUGUCCCGGUGUGUGUGGCCAGCAGGCAAUUUGCGAGGUGCGCAACCACAGUCCCAUUUGCAGGUGUCCCACAGGCAUGACGGGCGAUCCUUUCGUGCGCUGCUUGCCCCGACCGACAAGUAAGGAAAAGGAGAAUCACCGAGAGUUACCCCAACCUAACCCACUCUUCCCCACGUCAGUUCCUCCGCCGCCCUUGAGAGAUGUUGCUCCCUACCGUGAUCCCUGCGUACCCUCCCCCUGUGGUCUCUACUCCUCCUGCAGGAAUCAUCAGGACCAGGCCAUUUGCUCUUGCCUGCCCAACUACUAUGGCACUCCGCCGCGUUGUCGACCCGAGUGUACCAUUAAUGCGGAGUGUCCUAGCCACUUGGCUUGCAUAAGCGAACGCUGCCGGGAUCCUUGUCCUGGUGCCUGCGGUCAGCAGACCGAGUGCCGGGUGAUCAGUCACGUUCCCAGUUGCGUCUGCUUGCGAGGCUAUGUGGGUGAUGCCUUUUUGGCCUGCCAUCCUGCACCACCCCCUCCCGCCCGCGAAGAACCCCAUGAUCCCUGCAACCCUAGUCCAUGUGGCAACAAUGCCAUCUGCUCCAACCAGGGAGAGUGCACUUGCCUGGCCGAGUAUCAGGGCGAUCCCUACGUGGCGUGCAGGCCGGAGUGUGUCUUAAGUUCGGAGUGCCCGCGAAAUCUGGCUUGUGUGAAUCAGAAGUGCACUGAUCCUUGUCCCGGAACCUGUGGUAUCAACGCCAUCUGCGAAGUGUUCAACCACAUCGCCAUGUGCCACUGCCCUGAGAGAAUGACCGGCAAUGCCUUUGUGCAAUGUCUUCCAGUUCAAUUGGAUGUCUACCGUAAUCCCUGUAACCCCUCGCCCUGUGGCUCUUAUGCGGAGUGUCGGGAGCAGAAUGGCCAAGCCAUUUGCACCUGCCUCCGCAACUACUUCGGCGUGCCCCCAUCCUGCCGACCAGAGUGCAGCACAAACUAUGAUUGUGCUCCCAGCUUGGCCUGCCAGAACCAGAGAUGUGUGGAUCCCUGCCCGGGAUCUUGCGGAGCAUAUGCCCAAUGUCGAACUGUUAGCCACAAUCCCUUCUGCACCUGCCGACCUGGCUACACCGGCAAUCCCCUGAUACAAUGUCACUUGAUUAUUGAGCCCCAGCGCGAUGUCGUAGUCCAAGACCCAUGUCAGCCGUCCCCCUGCGGGCCGAACAGCGAGUGCCGCCGCGUGGGAGACACGCCUUCCUGCUCCUGCUUGCCGAACUUCUUCGGUACUCCACCAAACUGCCGACCCGAAUGCGUUUCCAAUUCCGAGUGUAGCCAAGCCCUGGUGUGCGUUAAUAACCGUUGCCAAGAUCCGUGUCCGGGUCUAUGCGGCUCCUUUGCCACGUGCCGAGUGAUUAGCCACAGUGCCAUGUGCUACUGCCAGCCAGGAUACAGCGGCGAUCCAUUCGUCAGCUGCACACCCAUUCAAAGAGAACCGGUCGAGAUUGCCCAGCCCUGCCAUCCCAAUCCCUGCGGCUUAUUUGCCGAGUGUCGGCAGCAGAAUGGAGUUGGCUCCUGCCAGUGCCUCCCAGAAUACUUCGGUAAUCCCUACGAGGCCUGUCGCCCGGAGUGUGUAAUCGACUUUGAUUGCCCCUCGCAACUGGCGUGUGUGAACCAGAAGUGCCGCGAUCCCUGCCCGGGCAGCUGUGGCCAGAACGCCGAAUGCUUCGUGCGCAACCACCUUCCCACCUGCAACUGCCUCAUCGGCUAUGUGGGCGACCCCUACCGUUAUUGCAACAUCGAACCGAAACCUAUUCGGGAGUACGUUAACCCAUGUCAGCCCUCGCCCUGCGGACCAAACUCUCAGUGUCGCGAACAAAAUGGUGUGGCUACCUGCUCCUGCUUACCGGAGUACGUUGGUAGUCCGCCCGGCUGUCGUCCUGAGUGCACGGUCUCCGCGGAAUGUAGUUUCGAUAAGGCUUGUGUCCGUCACAAGUGCGUCGAUCCCUGCCCGGGCGUCUGUGGCACUUUUGCCACUUGCCACGUGGGCAACCACGCCCCGCUCUGCACUUGCCAGGCGGGAUACACAGGAGAUCCCUUCACGCGUUGCUAUCCUGUACCUCCUCCUCCAACACACAUUCUCCACGAUAUCGUGCGAGAUCCUUGCCAGCCAUCUCCUUGCGGAGCCAACGCUCAGUGCAGAGAGUCCCAGGGCCAGGCCAUCUGCUCCUGUUUACCCAACUACUUCGGUGUGCCACCCCAUUGCCGGCCCGAGUGUACUCAGAGCUCGGAGUGCUUGCCCAGUCUGGCUUGCAUUAACCAGCGAUGCGCCGAUCCCUGCCCUGGUUCCUGUGCCUACAAUGCCAUCUGCAGCGUCCGCAACCAUGUGCCCAGUUGCCAGUGUCCCGUGGGCUACAUCGGUGAUCCGUUCACCAACUGCCGCCCCCAACCGCCGCCACCACCCGAGCCCAUCGUUUUCGACGAUCCUUGCAAUCCUUCCCCAUGUGGACCGAAUGCUCAGUGCCAGAACGGCCAGUGCACGUGCAUUGCCGAGUACCAAGGUGACCCCUACUCGGGCUGUCGCCCGGAGUGUGUUUUGAAUGCAGACUGCGCCAGAAAUCGUGCCUGUGUCCGCCACAAGUGUGUGGAUCCCUGCCCCGGAACCUGUGCUCCCAACGCCAUCUGUGACGUGAUCAACCAUAUAGCUAUGUGCCGUUGCCCAGAGCGGAUGACCGGAAAUGCCUUCAUUUUGUGCGAAGCUCCGCCUGUUUCCCUGGCACCUCCUAAUCCUUGCUACCCAUCGCCCUGUGGUCCAAACAGCCGAUGCCGUGUUCAGAAUGACAACGCCGUGUGUUCCUGCAUUGAAGACUUCGUUGGCACUCCACCAAAUUGCAGGCCAGAGUGCACCCACAACUCGGAUUGUCUACCCAGGCUGGCAUGCCAACGGCAACACUGCGUGGACCCAUGUCCCGGAACGUGCGGCUUCAACGCCCUCUGCCAUGUGGUGAACCACGCACCAAUCUGCAGCUGCCCGCCGCGUCACAACGGAAAUCCCUUCCUGGGCUGCUUCCCAGAGCCAGUGCGGCGCGACGAGAUCGCUCCAAGGCACCCUUGCCAGCCGUCUCCUUGCGGUCCCUACUCCAACUGUGUUGCCCUGGGAGAUCAGGCCCAGUGCAGCUGCUUGCCGAACUACAUCGGAACGCCACCCAACUGCCGGCCCGAGUGCAUCACCAACUCGGAGUGUCCGUUCGACAAAGCCUGCUUGAAUCAAAGGUGCGGUGAUCCCUGUCCUGGCGCCUGUGGCUCCAAUGCCAACUGUCAUGUAAUAAGCCAUGCCGCCAAUUGCUUCUGUAUUCCUGGCUAUACUGGUGAUCCAUUCACAUCCUGUCGCCAAGUGCCUCAGAUCCACCAUGAGGAAGUAAUUCAGCCCUGCUCGCCGAAUCCCUGCGGUGCCAAUGCAGUUUGCCGGCAUGCGGGCAACGUCGGUUCAUGUCAAUGUCUGCCGGAAUACUUCGGCAACCCGUACGAAGCUUGUCGUCCAGAAUGUGUUACCAACAACGACUGCCCGGCAGAUAAGUCCUGCCAACAAAUGAAGUGCCGUGAUCCGUGCCCAGGAGUUUGUGCGUUGAACGCUAUCUGCCGCGUGAUUAACCACCUGCCCACAUGCCAUUGCCUGAAUAACUUUGUUGGGGAUCCCUACCGUUACUGUCAAAUACCCGAGAAACCUGUUCUCAAAGAGUACGUAAAUCCCUGCCAGCCGUCCCCCUGUGGUCCAAACUCUCAGUGCCGCGAAAACAACGAACAGGCCAUCUGCUCCUGCCUGCCUGAGUAUGUGGGCGUCCCGCCCAAUUGCAGACCAGAGUGUGUAACCAAUGGGGAAUGUCCCCAUGACAAGGCCUGUAUUAGGCAAAAGUGUAGUGAUCCAUGCCCAGGAGUGUGUGGAUCCAAUGCCGACUGCCGGGUUAUCCAGCAUGCCCCUAUCUGCAGUUGUCGACCUGGGUUCACAGGCGAUGCCUUCAGUCGUUGCCUCCCACUGCCACCUCCUCCGCCACCCCAGCUGGAUGUUUAUCGUAAUCCUUGUGUACCGUCACCUUGCGGCCAGUUCGCGGAAUGCCGCGACAACCAUGGCACUGCCACGUGCAGUUGCCUGCCUUCCUACUUCGGCACUCCCCCCAACUGCCGCCCCGAGUGUACGAUCAACCCCGACUGCCCUGCCCACUUGUCCUGCCAACAGCAGCGUUGCCGUGAUCCCUGUCCCGGAGCCUGUGGAUUCAACGCCCUGUGCACGGUGGUUAACCAUAACCCCACGUGCCAGUGUGCUCCAGGUCUGAGCGGUAACCCCUUCACAUCCUGCCAUGCACCGCCGCCGGUCGCCCGCGAUCCCCCACCAAUAAGUGAUCCUUGUUCGUUGAUCACCUGCGGCGCCAAUGCAGUAUGCAACCAAGGACAAUGCACCUGUCUGCCCGAGUUUGUGGGCAAUCCCUUGGUCGGCUGCAGGCCAGAGUGCGUCCUGAGCACGGAGUGCGACUGGAACAAGGCCUGCGUGAGAAACAAGUGUGUCGACCCCUGUCCCGGAACAUGUGGAUCCAAUGCCAUCUGCGAGGUGCACAGACACGUGGCCAUGUGUCACUGUCCACCGGGAAUGACCGGAAACGCCUUCAGUCAGUGUCGCCCUAUUCCACCGGCUCCUGUACGCGAUGUUAUUGAUCCUUGCCAGCCCUCGCCAUGUGGACCGAAUGCCCAGUGCCGCAAUGUGAAUGGAAAUGCUGUGUGCUCAUGCCUCCCCGACUUCAUUGGCGUUCCGCCGUCCUGCAGACCAGAGUGCGUCCGCAAUGAGGAGUGCCCGCUCCACUUGGCUUGCUUGCAGCAACAUUGCCGCGAUCCAUGUCCAGGAGUUUGUGGCCUGAACGCUUUAUGUCGGGUGAUAAACCACAGCCCGAACUGCCAUUGCAUCGACUCCUUUACCGGAAAUCCAUUCGUGGCCUGCCACCGCCAAAUUCCGCCUCCGGUUCACCAAGACCCAAUCGAUCCCUGCCAGCCAUCGCCUUGCGGAGCCAAUGCAGAGUGCCGGGCCCAAGGCAACAACGCCCAAUGCAGCUGCCUGACAGGAUUUAUCGGCACUCCGCCAAACUGCCGACCGGAAUGUGUUUCCAACGCGGAAUGCCCCACCAACUUAGCCUGCCUCAAUCAGAAGUGCCGCGAUCCCUGCUCAGGAGUUUGUGGCCCGAAUGCCGAGUGCUACGUAAUCAACCACACUCCCAUGUGCACUUGUAUUAGUGGACAUGGCGGCAAUCCAUUCCUCGGCUGCCAGGUGGUACGAGAUGUUCCCGAACCGCAAAACCCUUGCGUGCCCAGUCCGUGUGGCGCCAAUGCCGUGUGCACGGAGAGAAAUGGAGCCGGAGCUUGCCAAUGUCUGCCGGAGUUCUUCGGCAAUCCGUACGAGGGCUGUCGCCCUGAAUGUGUUCUCAACUCGGACUGCCCAAGUCACCUGGCCUGCCAGAAUCAACAUUGUCGCGAUCCCUGCCCAGGAACCUGCGGUCUGAACGCUCAGUGCCAAGUCCGCGACCACCUUCCACAGUGCACCUGUUUGGUGGGCUACCAAGGAAACCCCUAUGCGUUCUGCAGUGUCCUGCGUGAACCCCUUCCCGACCCGAUUCCCUCUCGUCCCUGCCAACCAUCGCCCUGCGGACCCAACGCUCAGUGCCGCGAAUCGAACGGACAGGCCAUAUGCACGUGCUUGGCCGACUUUAUCGGAUCCCCGCCUGCCUGCAGGCCCGAGUGUACUAUUUCUAGCGAAUGCGACCGAACCCUGGCCUGCGUCCAGCAACACUGCAUCGAUCCCUGUCCAGGUGUAUGCGGCAGCAAUGCUCAGUGUCGGGUUAUCAACCACAGCCCGCAUUGCAGCUGCUUGCCUGGAUUUACGGGUGAUGCCAUUAGUGGAUGCCGCCGCAUACCUCCCGCCAUCAGCUACGAUGCCCCCAAGGAGACCUACCGCGAUCCCUGUGUUCCCUCUCCCUGUGGCAUCUUUGGUCAGUGCCGAGCCCAAGGCAAUCAAGCUGUUUGCUCUUGCCUGCGAGGCUACUUUGGAGCACCACCCAAUUGCCAGCCGGAGUGUGUGAUUAAUCCGGACUGCCCCUCCCAUCUGGCUUGUAUCAACGAGAAAUGUCGCGAUCCCUGCCCUGGUUCUUGCGGAUUCCGUGCCACGUGCAACGUCAUCAACCAUACGCCGAUCUGUAGUUGCCCUCCGGGUUAUGAGGGCAACCCCUUCGUCAGUUGCCAGCCCACUCCCCCGCCGCCAACUCCUCCACUGCGCGACGAGUGCAACCCCUCGCCGUGUGGCUCCAAUGCCAUCUGCAGUCCUGGAGGACAGUGCUCAUGUCUGGCCGGCUUCGAUGGCAAUCCCUAUGUGGGAUGUCGCCCGGAGUGCGUCCUUAAUACGGACUGUGCCAGAGACAAGGCCUGCCAGCGCAGCAAGUGCGUUGAUCCUUGUCCAGGAGCUUGUGGCGUGGGAGCUGUCUGCGAAGUUCGCAACCACAUACCCACCUGCAAUUGUCCUCCCGGAACCUCCGGCAACGCAUUCGUGCAGUGCACCGUCGUCCAAUCUGCUCCAGUGGAACCAGUGCACCCUUGUCAUCCCUCUCCCUGUGGAAACAAUGCCCAAUGCCGCGAAGCCAACAAUCAGGCCAUCUGUUCCUGCUUGCCAGGAUACUUUGGGGUGCCGCCAAGUUGUCGACCCGAGUGCACUAUUAACUCGGACUGCGCCCCUCACUUAGCCUGUUUGAACCAACACUGCCGCGAUCCUUGUUCUGGCGCUUGUGGCCAAUACGCCGAUUGCCAGGUCAUCAGACAUGUACCCCACUGUAGUUGCCCAUCCGGAUUCUCCGGCAACGCGUUCUUCCUGUGCCAGCGUAUUCCACCUCCCCCACCCGUCCAAAGAGAACCACUUAACCCAUGCGCGCCAUCGCCAUGCGGAGCCAAUGCCGAGUGCACGGUUCAGAACGACCAGGCCAUAUGCAAGUGCCUAAAGGACUACAUUGGAACACCUCCCAACUGCCGGCCAGAGUGCAUAACCUCCUCGGAGUGUCCGAAUCAACUGGCUUGCAUUAAUCAGCAGUGUAGGGAUCCCUGUCCAGGAUUGUGCGGAACCGCAGCCAGCUGCCAAGUGGUCAGCCAUGUGCCGUCGUGUAUUUGCAUUGCGGACUACAUUGGCGAUCCCUACACUGGCUGCUAUCCGCGACCGCAAAUCCAACGGGAACAGAUCAAUCCCUGCGCACAGAAUCCUUGCGGAAGCAAUGCCGUGUGCACGGAGCGAGGUGGAGCCGGAGCUUGCCAGUGCCUGCCAGAUUUCUAUGGAAACCCCUACGAAGGAUGCCGACCGGAAUGCGUUCUCAGUUCGGACUGUUCAAGCCAUCUAGCUUGCUUGAACCAACAUUGCCGCGAUCCCUGUCCCGGAAGCUGUGCCCCCAAUGCCCAGUGUCAAGUAGUUAACCAUGUGCCCCGUUGUAGUUGCUAUCCCGGAUACCAAGGCGAUCCGUAUCGCCAUUGUCAUGUCGUCCAGGCUGAACCUGUCCCAGUCCAAGUCCACUUUGAUCCCUGCCAGCCCUCGCCGUGUGGUCCCAACGCCCAGUGUACUGAAUCCCAGGGUCAGGCGGUUUGCCGCUGCCUACCCGAUUACUUCGGCUCUCCGCCCGCUUGUCGGCCCGAGUGCACCAGUAAUCCCGAAUGUCCCAGUGACAAGGCUUGCGUGGCCAGGCGGUGCUCAGAUCCCUGUGUGGGAGCCUGUGGCCUAAACGCCGUUUGUCGGGCUAACCAGCAUCGAGCUCUUUGCUCGUGCUUGCCUGGCUUCACUGGGGACGCCUUCACGAGGUGUCUUCCAGUGCCGCCCCCGCCACCUGUUGUCCGGGACACCCCUAAAGAUCCCUGUGUGCCCUCCCCCUGCGGCCAGUUCGCCCAGUGCCGGGAACAGUACGGACAGGCCGUUUGCUCGUGCCUACCAUCCUACUAUGGCACUCCGCCAUACUGUCGACCCGAGUGCACUCUGAACUCAGAUUGUCCCAGCCAUAGGGCGUGCAUCAAUCAGAGAUGCGUGGACCCCUGUCCUGGGGCUUGUGGUUUGAACGCCCAAUGUGAUGUGCUUAACCAUGUGCCCAGUUGCUCCUGCCCAAGAGGCUAUGUAGGCGAUCCCUUCUACCGAUGCUACCCGGCCCCAACACCAGCACCGACCCCUCCAGCAGUUGUGAAAGACGAUCCGUGUAUACCCUCCCCAUGUGGUCCCAAUGCCCAGUGCUCCCAGGGUGUUUGCAGUUGCCUUCCCUUGUACCAGGGUGACCCGUACGUGGGUUGCCGCCCAGAGUGCGUCUUGAGUACAGAGUGCCCUUGGAACAGGGCCUGCAUCCGCAACCGUUGCUUGGAUCCUUGUCCGGGAACUUGUGGAUCGGGAGCCACCUGCCAGGUGCACAAUCACUUGGCCAUGUGCCAGUGCCCAGAAGGUUACCAGGGCAAUCCGUUUGUACUCUGCCAGCCAAGACCACUCCAGGCGCCUGUGGAGCUUCAUCCCUGCCAGCCUUCGCCCUGCGGUCCCUACGGAGAAUGCCGCGAAGUCGGCUCGCAAGCUAUUUGCUCCUGCCUGCCCGGCUAUUACGGCAGUCCACCUGCCUGCCGACCAGAAUGUGUCAGCGAUCCGGAGUGUCCACCCAGCCUGGCUUGCGUGAAUCAGAAAUGCCGAGACCCGUGUCCCGGAGCGUGUGGCUACCAGGCUGUGUGCCACGUAAUUAAUCACAGUCCGCAGUGCGUGUGCCCACCUGGCUACACAGGAAGUCCGUACACCCAGUGCCAAUUGAUCAGGCAAAGCCCCCCUCCAGUCCAACGCGAACCAGUCGAUCCCUGCCUGCCAUCGCCCUGCGGAGCCCAUGCUCAGUGCAGCAAUGAAAACGGAAAUGCUGUUUGCCGCUGCCUGCCGGACUACUUGGGUAUUCCUCCGUACUGCCGACCCGAGUGCAUUGCCAACAGCGAGUGCCCCACCGACAGAGCCUGCAUAAAUCGCAAGUGCCAGGAUCCUUGUCCCGGACUGUGCGGCUUUAAUGCCAUUUGUCGAACAUACAACCACCAGCCAAACUGUGUGUGCGCUCCCGGUUUAGUGGGCAAUCCCUUCGGCUCCUGUUUGCCCCCUACACGCCCAGAGAUUCCACCAACUCCACCCACCACCGCCAUCCAAGUGCUCCAGUACAAUGAGCCGAUUCUCAAUCCAUGUGAGCCGAAUCCCUGCGGUGCCAAUGCCCAGUGUAAUCAACGGCAAGGGUCUGCCGCGUGUGUCUGUUUGCCCAACUACUUUGGAAACCCGUACGAGGCCUGUCGGCCGGAGUGCAUCCUGAACUCCGACUGUCCAUCGAGCAGGGCUUGUGUGCAACAGCAGUGCCGCGACCCUUGUCCCGGAACAUGUGGCCUUAACGCCGAAUGCUAUGUGCUCGAUCAUCUGCCCCAGUGCAGGUGCUUCAGCGGCUACACCGGCAAUCCCUUGGCCUACUGCGCACCCGUACCCAUUAUCCAACAAUGUAAGAAUGAAUGUAGUUCCCAGACCAAACCAUAUAUAUCUAACCUCUGGAUAUCUGCCCCAAUAGCUCCGGUAGCGCCCCUAACUCCUUGCGAUCCCUCACCCUGCGGUCCCAACGCCAAGUGCACCCCGUCAAACGACCAGGCGGUUUGCUCCUGUUUGCCAGAAUUCUACGGCACUCCACCCAACUGCCGACCCGAAUGCACUUUGAACUCAGAGUGCGCGUACGACAAGGCCUGUGUCAAUCAUAAGUGCGUCGAUCCCUGCCCGGGAGUUUGCGGCAUCAAUGCCGAGUGUCGGGUGCAUUAUCACAGCCCCAUUUGCUACUGCAUCGGUUCCCAUACAGGCGAUCCAUUUUCGCGUUGUUACGAGAUUCCAAAACGUAAGCAUGCCAUUCCAAGUGGUGGAAACACAACAGAUCCUAACGAAAACCAUUUGACCCUUUCCAUAGCUGUCCGACCUACCACCAUAUACGACACUCCCUCGCCUCCCUAUCCGGUUGCCAUACCUGGCCUGAUUCACACUCAACCACUGGGAAUAGUGAAUGUUCCAUCAGCACCCCAACCUGGAUACCCGUCACCUCAACCUCCGAUUUAUCAAGGAAACUAUCCAUCCCCACCGCCUUAUCAGCAGCCGGGAGUUGUGAAUAUUCCAUCUGUUGCACAGCCAAUUCCGGCAACGAGUCAACGGCCCAUCUUUAUUCCGUCGGGUGUCAUUCCAACAUCACCUGCCCCGCAACCUGGAAUAAUAAAUAUUCCGUCGGUGGCGCAACCAGCGUAUCCAACACCGCAACCUCCGGUUUAUGACGUGAAUUAUCCGACAAGGCCAAGUCCCAUUCCUCAACAACCUGGAGUGCUGAACAUUCCUUCUGUUCCCCAACCGACAUAUCCGUCACCUUAUCCGCCGGUAUAUGACGUCAACUAUCCAACACCAUCGCCACCAAGUCCACCUCAGCCGGGAGUAAUCAACAUUCCCUCCGUACCACAGCCAUCACCACCGGCGCCACUGCCUCCAGUGCUAAUACCAUCUCCUGUGAGCCCAAUACCCGCUCCCAAGCCAGGAGUAAUCAAUGUUCCGUCGGUACCACAACCGGUGCAUCCAACACCACAGUCGCCUGUUUACGAUGUGAACUAUCCCACAACUCCAUCACCGAUACCUCAACAGCCAGGAGUAAUAAACAUACCGUCAGUACCGCAGCCAGUGCAUCCAGCACCAAAUCCUCCGGUUUACUAUCCAACAACGCCGGCUCCGAUUCCUCAACCUCAUCCGGGAGUAGUUAAUGUUCCAUCAUACCCUGAACCGGUGCCACCUACCCCCCAGCCUCCGGUAUUUGUGCCGUCACCGCAGCAUCCAACCCCCGCCCCCAAGCCGGGAGUGAUCAAUAUUCCCUCUGUGGCGCAGCCAGCACAUCCAACUCCCCAGCCUCCAAUUUACGAUGUGAACUACCCAACGCCACAACCUGCUGUUCCGCAGAAACCUGGGGUUAUCAAUAUUCCAUCGGUACCACAGCCUAUACCGCCGGUUUCCCAACGGCCCGUGUUUAUUCCGUCACCUGUGAACUACACACCGGCCCCUCCUCCAGGAGUGGUCAAUAUUCCAUCGGCUCCACAGCCAGUGCAUCCAACACCUGCACCUCCUGUUAUUCAGCGACCCGCUAUAUACGAUGUCUAUUAUCCACCACCUCCAGCGAGACCAGGUGUCAUUAACAUACCAUCGCCGCCAAGGCCUGUGUACCCAAUACCCCAGCAACCAAUCUACGUCCCUGCGCCAGUUGUGCCUACCUAUGCACCAUCACCUGGAGUGAUAAAUGUUCCAUCGGUGCCACAACCCACUUAUCCACAACCGCAUCCACCGAUAAUCCACGAUGUCAGUUAUCCUGCACCACAGCCGACUCCACCAGCUCCUGGAAUUAUAAAUAUUCCGUCGGUGCCACAUCCCACACCUUCUCCAACUCCUGGUGUGAUUAAUAUUCCUUCCCAACCAUCGCCGCCGAUCGCGGUGCCCCAACCGGGAGUGGUGAACAUUCCAUCGGUUCCUCAACCGACCUAUCCACCCCAGAAUCCUCCGAUCUAUGAUGUCAGUUACCCGACACCACAGCCCACUCCUCCAGCUCCAGGAAUAAUAAACAUUCCAUCGGUGCCUCAACCAGUGCCAUCUCCAAUUCCUGGCGUGAUUAAUAUUCCUUCUCAACCAUCGCCGCCGAUCGCAGUGCCUCAACCGGGAGUGGUGCACAUACCAUCGGUUCCUCAACCUACCUAUCCACCACAGAACCCACCCAUUCAGACCGUCAGUUAUCCGUCGCCACAACCGACACCUCCGGCACCUGGAAUUAUAAAUAUUCCAUCGGUACCUCAACCCGUGCCGUCUCCAACUCCUGGCGUAAUUAAUAUUCCUUCCCAACCAUCGCCGCCGGUCGCCGUGCCUCAACCGGGAGUUGUAAACAUUCCAUCGGUUCCACAGCCAACAUAUCCACCUCAGAAUCCUCCGAUCUAUGAUGUCAGUUACCCGUCACCUCAGCCAACUCCCCCAGCGCCUGGAAUUAUAAACGUUCCGUCGGUGCCUCAACCAGUGCCAUCUCUAACUCCUGGCGUGAUUAAUAUUCCAUCCCAACCAUCGCCGCCGAUCGCUGUGCCUCAACCGGGAGUGGUGAACAUACCAUCAGUUCCUCAACCUACCUAUCCACCACAGAACCCACCCGUUCAGACCGUCAGUUAUCCUUCGCCACAACCGACACCUCCGGCACCAGGAAUUAUCAAUGUGCCUUCGGUACCUCAACCAGUGCCGCCUCCAACGCCGGGUGUUAUCAACAUUCCCUCGCAGCCAUCACCACCAAUCACGGUUCAAAAACCAGGAAUUAUAAAUAUUCCAUCGGUACCUCAGCCAACACCCUCCGCACCUCAGAACCCAAUACAGGAUGUUCAACAAGAAAUCCAGAGACCGCAGCCAACUCCUGGAGUGAUCAACAUUCCCUCGGUACCGCAACCUACAUACCCACCUCAACAGCCCAUUGUUGCUGAUGUCAAUUAUCCGACCCCGCGGCCAAGUCCUCCAGCUCCAGGCAUAAUUAAUAUUCCAUCGCAGCCUGCACCUCAACCUGGAAUUAUCAACGUCCCUUCAAUUCCGCUUCCAAUUCCCACCACUACUAAAUAUCCUGUGCAGGAUACACAACGCCCUCAACCAACUCCUGGCGUAAUCAAUGUUCCAUCUCUGCCGCGACCAAAUUACGAAGUGGCCAAGCCGCAAUUCGAGUUCAACCCGUGUCAUCCAUCGCCUUGUGGUCCGUAUUCCCAGUGCCACAAUCGCUUUGGAGCGGCGGCCUGCGUCUGCUUGCCCAACUACCAGGGAACUCCUCCGAACUGUCGACCGGAGUGCGUGGUCCAGUCCGACUGCCCGUCGUUCUUGGCUUGUAUCAAUGAAAAGUGCCGCGAUCCCUGUCCAGGAUCCUGUGCGUACAAUGCCGAGUGUCGUGUCCACGAUCACGUGCCCAGCUGUUUCUGUCGCUCUGGCUACACCGGAGAUCCAUUUGUUUCCUGCCAGCCCAUACCGAUAGCUCCAGUCCAGCGAGAGCCAGUUGAGCAAAAGGAUCCAUGCUAUCCGUCCAGAUGCGGACCGAACGCCGUGUGCAACAAUGGCCAAUGUAGCUGUAUACCAGAAUAUCACGGGGAUCCCUAUGUUGGCUGUCGACCUGAGUGCGUUCUCAACACGGACUGUGCCAGGGAUAAGGCUUGCAUCCGUCAGAAGUGCCGCGAUCCUUGCCCGGGCACUUGUGGCCUGAACGCAUUGUGCCAUGUCUACAACCACGUGGCCACAUGUACGUGCCCGGAGCAAAUGCAGGGCGAUGCCUUCGUUCGCUGCGAUCCGAUUCCCAAGCCCCUGCCUCCAGCCACAGCCCCACCGGCAACAACUUUGCCCGCUAUUGUGCCACAACGAACUCCUGUCAAUCCCUGCCGACCCUCGCCGUGUGGACCCAACGCCCAGUGCCGUGCUUACCACGAACAGGCCAUUUGCAACUGCCUGCCAGGAUACUUUGGUACCCCGCCCGCCUGCCGUCCGGAAUGCACCUCAAACUCGGACUGUCCCCUCGACAAGUAUUGUCUGAAUCUCAAGUGCCGCGAUCCCUGUCCCGGAGCCUGCGGUCUCCGUGCGAUCUGCCAUGUGCAGAACCACGGUCCGCUGUGUGUUUGUCCACCCGGUUUGACGGGCAAUCCCCUUCUAGCUUGCCAGCCCAUAGGUAGGCUCUACAAAAGCCCCAAAACCACAACUGAUCAUAACUCUAAUCUUGAUUUUUUAGUCUUGCCCCCUGUAGAACGCGAUGAAGUCGAUCCCUGCCAGCCCUCGCCUUGUGGGCCGAACUCCCAGUGCCAGGCCACGCCGGGCGGAGCACCUCGCUGCUCCUGCCUGCCCCAGUUCUACGGUACUCCGCCCUUCUGUAGGCCGGAGUGCGUCAGUAGUGCAGACUGCCCAGCGGACAAAGCGUGCCGCAACUACAAGUGCAUCGAUCCUUGCCCAGGCACCUGUGGUCACCUAGCUCUCUGCCGCGUGGUGGCCCACAGUCCCAUCUGCUACUGCCCCGAGGGCUACGUGGGCAAUGCCUAUAGUGUUUGCGUUCGCCCCGAACCACGUCCGCCUGUGGUCAAGUUUUCCGUGCCCUGCAAUCCCAGUCCCUGUGGCGGCAAUGCCCGUUGCUUGCCUCACAAUGACUUGAGUGUUUGCCAGUGCCUGCCGGGCUACUAUGGUAAUCCGUAUGAAGUCUGCCGACCCGAGUGCACUGUCAACUCCGACUGUCCGGGCGACAGGGCUUGCCAGAGCGAGAAGUGCCGCGAUCCUUGUCCCGGAGUGUGUGGCAUUAAUGCCCGUUGUCAGGCCAUAAAUCAUAGUCCGGUUUGCGAAUGCCAUCCGGGCUAUGUGGGCAAUCCCUACCAGAGCUGCCGCAUUCUGCAGCAAGAACCCACACCCCCGGAGUAUGUUAACCCAUGCCAACCGUCGCCGUGCGGCCCCAACUCCCAGUGUCGGGAGUCGCAGGGCCAGGCCAUCUGCUCGUGCCUGCCGGAAUUCGUGGGCACACCGCCCUCGUGCCGGCCGGAGUGCGUGAUCAGUGCCGAGUGCCCGGCGGACAAGGCGUGCAUCAACCAGAAAUGCCAGGACCCAUGCCCCGGAGCCUGUGGUCUCAAUGCCCAGUGCCAUGUGCGAAACCAUAGUCCGCUCUGCUCCUGCCAGCCCGGAUUCACCGGCGACGCUCUAACCCGCUGUCUGCCCAUUCCUCCGCCUCAACCACCCAAAUCGGAAGAAGUCCGCGAUCCCUGCUUGCCAUCGCCUUGCGGUCCCUACUCUCAGUGCCGUGUCGUCAACGGCGGAGCCAGCUGCAGCUGCCUGCCCAACUACGUGGGAGCGGCACCCAACUGCCGACCAGAGUGCACCAUUAAUGCGGAAUGUCCCAGUAAUCUGGCCUGCAUCAACGAGAAGUGCCGCGAUCCUUGCCCGGGAGCCUGUGGCUUUGCUGCCCGCUGCAGUGUCAUCAACCACACACCUAGUUGCUCCUGCCCAGCUGGCUACACGGGAGAUCCGUUCACCAGCUGCCGAUUACUGCCCCCAGUUGCUCCCCCGAAGAUUGAGUCCGAUCCCUGCCAGCCGUCUCCUUGUGGCGCCAAUGCUGUCUGCAACAAUGGACAAUGCUCCUGCCUGCCGGAGUACCAGGGCGAUCCCUACACGGGUUGUCGUCCGGAGUGCGUCUUGAACUCGGACUGCCCCAGGAACAGGGCGUGUGUGAACCAGAAGUGCGUGGAUCCUUGUCCUGGACACUGUGCCCCCAACGCUCUCUGCGACGCUGUCAACCACGUUGCCAUGUGCCACUGUCCCGAGCGGAUGACGGGCAAUGCCUUGGUGUCUUGCUCUCCGAUUCGCGAUGAACCUCCCAAGACGCCGCCGAAUCCCUGCCAGCCCUCGCCGUGUGGAGCCAAUGCCCAGUGUACGGAGAGGAAUGGAAAUGCCAUCUGCACCUGUCUGACCGGAUACUUUGGCCAGCCGCCCAACUGCCGCCUGGAAUGCUACUCCAGCUCCGAUUGCGCCCAGAUUCACGCUUGCAUCAACAACAAGUGUGUGGACCCAUGUCCGGGCAAGUGCGGUCUCAACGCCGUAUGCCAGGCUAUUCAGCACAGAGCCCACUGCGAGUGCACUCCGGGUUACACCGGAAACGCCUAUGCUCUGUGCCAGCCUAUCCCUAGGACACCGGAAAUAGUGCGUGAUGUGUGCUUGCCGUCCCCGUGCGGGCCGAACUCACAAUGCCGCGAUGUAAACGGUCAGGCGGAAUGUCGCUGUCUGCCGGAGUUCCAGGGCACACCGCCCAACUGCCGGCCGGAGUGCGUGAGCCAUGACGAGUGUGCCAAUACGUUGGCGUGUAUGAACCAAAAGUGCCGCGAUCCCUGUCCAGGAAGCUGUGGUCAGAAUGCUCUUUGCACUGUGACCCUGCACACGCCCAACUGCCAGUGCCCCGCUGGAAUGACGGGUGAUCCCUUCAGGCUCUGUCAACCUAUUCCCCAAAAUCUGCCCACUCCUCCGCCAACACCCAAGAAUCCCUGCUAUCCGUCACCCUGCGGGACCAAUGCCGUGUGCCGUGUCCAGGGAGAGAACUAUGUGUGCGAAUGCAGCCAGCGCGAAUACAUCGGCAAUCCCUACGAGGGCUGCCGUCCAGAAUGUGUUGGCAACUCCGAAUGUCCUGCCAACCAGGCCUGCAUCCGCAACAAGUGCCAGAACCCAUGCCCUGGAGUCUGUGGACUGGAGGCUAUUUGCAGCACCAACAACCACAUUCCCAUCUGCUCCUGCCCAGCUGGAUACACAGGCAAUGCCUUCGUCCAGUGUCAACGUCUACUGACUCCACCUCCGCCAUCGGAUCCUUGCUACCCCUCGCCCUGCGGCCCCAACUCCAUUUGCCGAGAGCAGAACGAGAAGGCGGUAUGCGAAUGCCUGCCAGGAUUCUUUGGAAAUCCGCUGGUCCAGGGCUGCCGACCGGAGUGUACUCUGAGCUCGGACUGUGCCAAGGAUCGGGCCUGCAUCAACUCCAAGUGCGUGGAUGCCUGUGUAGGCGAAUGCGGAUUCGGAGCCAUUUGCCAGACCAUCAACCACAGCCCGGUGUGCAGCUGUCCUGCCAACAUGGUGGGCAAUCCAUUCGUCCAGUGCGAGACUCCUCGCCAGGCGGAGCCAGUGGAUCCUUGCCAGCCGUCACCGUGUCGCAGCAACGGAAUCUGUCGCGUCCACAAUGGAGCUGCCACCUGCAGCUAUCCGGAGUGUGUGAUAAACGAAGACUGCUCCAGGGACAGGACAUGCGUUAGCCAGAAGUGCCGAGAUCCAUGCCUGAAUGCCUGCGGCAUCAAUGCCAUCUGUCGUGCCAUUAACCACAAGGCCGUCUGCAGCUGCCCACCGGACUUCUACGGCUCUCCAUACGCCCAGUGCUUGCGCCAGGUGCAGGAGAUCCAGCCGCCGAAGCCGGAGUGCAUUAGCGAUGGCGACUGCACCAACGACAAGGCCUGCAUCAACCAGGUCUGCCGUAAUCCCUGCGAGCAAUCGAAUCUCUGCGCCGCCCAGGCCCGUUGCCACGUCCAACUGCACCGUCCAUUGUGCGUCUGCAACGAGGGAUACACCGGAAACGCCCUGCAGCACUGCUAUCUCCUGGGAUGCCGAUCCGACGGAGAGUGUGCUGCUACGGAAGCCUGUAUUAACGAGAAGUGUGUCGAUCCUUGCGGAUUUACGCAGUGCGGAACCGGAGCCAUCUGUCGUGCGGACUUCAAUCACCGUGCCAGGUGUCACUGUCUGGAUGGAUACCGCGGCAAUCCUCUGGUGCGCUGCGACCGUCCCGAGUGCCGCUCGGAUGACGAAUGCGCCUUCCAUUUGGCCUGCCGCAAUGAAAGAUGUGAGGAUCCUUGCAACUGCGGCAUCGGCGCCCAGUGCCGCGUGGACAUCCACCGUGCCCAGUGCCGCUGCCCAGCCGGAUUUAGUGGCAACCCAGCCGUAAGAUGCGACCUGAUACCUGCACAGCCGGAGGGUUGCACCAUGGAUGCGGAAUGUCCGAGCAAACUGGCCUGCUUCGGCGGCGAGUGCAAGAACCCGUGCUCUGUAACUCAUCCAUGCGGUGCCAAUGCCAUCUGCGAGGUGGUGGAUACCCUGCCCCUGCGCACCAUGAUCUGUCGCUGUGAGCCUGGUUAUGUGGGUGAUGCUGACAUUGGAUGUCGCAAAGAACCCGCUCGAGACCAAGGCUGCACAUCGCACGAUCAGUGCCAGGACACGGAAGCCUGCCGCGGUGGCAACUGCGUCAAUCCCUGCCUGGAUGCCUCGCCGUGUGCCCGCUCUGCCCAUUGUCUGGCCCAGCAGCACCGCGCCAUUUGCAGCUGUCCAGAGGGAACCCAAGGAGAUCCGUUUACCAACUGCUACCAGCCUCCUCAAAUCACAGCCGGAUGUACCCAUGACUCUGAAUGUCCACCCAACGCAGCCUGCAUCAACCAGCGUUGCCAGGACCCUUGUGCCGAGGCCAAUCCUUGUGCCGGCAAUGCCGAGUGUCGUGUGCAGAACUACCGACCGAUUUGCUUCUGCCCAGCUGGCUGGGGAGGUGACCCACAAGUCCAAUGCUACAAACCUGAGUGCAAGAUCAAUGCCGACUGUCCUUACGACAAGGCCUGCCUGAACGAGAACUGCGUCAACCCAUGCACCCAUGGACAGGUCCGAUGCGGCAGUGGCGCCCAGUGCCUGCCGCAGAAUCACCAAGCCGUGUGCAGUUGUCCGGCCGGAACCCAGGGCAACCCCUUCGUCUCCUGCAUCACCGGACACUGCCAGUACAAUGAGGAUUGUGCCGAUCACGAGGCCUGCGACCGUCUGAACCGAGUCUGCCGUCCAGUUUGCGAACAGGAGACAUGUGCCCUCAACGCCAUCUGCGUGGGUCGUCGCCACCAGCCACAAUGCGAGUGCCGUCCUGGUUACAGAGGCAAUCCGUUCGUCCAAUGCGACAUCCCACAGAUUGCCCCGCAGCCCCAAUGCACCCAGGAUGCCGACUGCCCAUCCAAGUUGGCCUGCAUAAAUGAGCGAUGCGCCGAUCCGUGCGCCACUCCUCAUGUCUGCAGUCCACAACAGACCUGCAACGUCCUGGAUACCCUGCCUCUACGAACCAUGAUCUGUAAGUGCCCCAGCGACACGGUAACGGACACUUCUGGCAACUGUGUGCCCAUCAAGCGCCCAGUGGUCACCACUGGAUGCCAGCACAACUCGGAGUGUGCCAACCCUGAGGUUUGCUCAAAUGGAAACUGCCUGGAUGCCUGCCGAUUGGAGAGAUGCGGGGUGAAUGCCCAAUGUACUGCCCGGGAUCAUUAUGCCCAGUGCAGCUGCCCCAAGGGCUUCCAGGGCAAUCCCCGCAUUGAAUGCUACUCAACCGAAGUGGGUCGUCCAAGAGUUCCGGAGCCAGUUUGCACCCGCGAUGACGACUGUCCCAGGGAUAAGACCUGCCGCAAUGAGCUGUGCGUGAAUCCUUGUGCCGCCGAUGCCUGUGGAAUUGGUGCCUACUGCCAUGUGCAGCAGCGCAAGGCUAUCUGCCGCUGCCCACCAGGCUACUCCGGUAAUCCUCAGGAGAGAUGCCUGCCACCCUCGGAUGUUAUCACCGUGGGAUGCAAGUCCAAUGCCGACUGCCCGGCAAGCGAAGCCUGUAUUAACACCCAGUGCGCCAGUCCCUGCAACUGUGGACCCAAUGCCGAGUGCUCGGUGAAGAACCACCACCCCGUUUGCUACUGCAAGCCAGGCUUCUCUGGCAACGCCCAGUUCGGAUGUUCCCCGAUUGGUUGCCAGUCGGAUGACGAGUGCAGCGAUGACAAGCAGUGUCUGAAUCGGGAGUGCGUGAGUCCUUGCUUGGUCACAGAUCCGUGCGCCCUGAAUGCCGAGUGCUAUGGCCGCAACCAUCGUGCCAACUGCCGCUGCCCCGUCGGACUGGAGGGUGAUCCUUUCGUGCGCUGCCUCCGUCUGGAAUGCCACUCUGACUACGACUGCGCCUCCAACCUGGCCUGUGUGUCCAACCAGUGCGUGAAUCCAUGUGGCCAGCAGAAUCCUUGUGCCCAGAACGCCAUCUGUCAGGCCCUGCAGCAUCGCGCUGUGUGCCGUUGCCCAGACCAACUGCCUAUUGGAAAUCCGCAUGCCUACUGCGAACCGCGACCCGUGGAGCCAGUGUGCCGAGACGAUGGAGAUUGCCCCAGCGGAUUGGCGUGCAUCGACGUCAAGUGCCAAAACCCAUGCACAGUACUCUCACCUUGCGCCCGCUCGGCUCAGUGCAGUGUCCUGGACAGCGUUCCGGUGCGAACCAUGGUCUGCGAGUGUCCCGAAUCCCAGGUGCCCGAUGCCAGCGGUGAAUGCCGCAAGCUGGUACUGCAAAGCCCGCCGGGCUGCGAGAGCGACCACGACUGUCCGGACCAGGAGGCCUGUAUUCAUCGCCAAUGCCGCAAUCCUUGCAACUGUGGCACCAACGCCAUCUGUCAAGUGACCCAGCACCGCGCAGUGUGCAGCUGCCAAGACGGCUUCGAGGGCAAUCCCUAUGCUGCCUGUCGCUCGAUCGGAUGCCGAGUGGAUGGAGAGUGCGACUCAGGAAAGGCCUGCAUCAACGGCGACUGCAUCAACCCGUGCCUGAUCAACGACCCCUGCGGUCCCAAUGCCGAGUGCUACGUCCAGUCCAACAGGGCUCAGUGCCGCUGCCUGAGUGGCUACCGAGGCAAUCCCUACGAGCGCUGCCGCGUCAUUGGCUGCAGCAGCAACAACGACUGCCCCACGGACAAGACCUGCCAGAACGAACAGUGCGUCAAUCCUUGUGUCUACCACAACCCAUGUGCUCCGCGAGCGGAAUGCCGACCUCAAAACCACUUGGCUGUGUGUCGCUGUCCGGCCGACUUCCUUGGCAAUCCCUAUGUGGACUGCCGUCCUCCGCCGCAACCCAUCUGCCAACUGGACACGGAUUGUCCCGCCCGACAGGCCUGUAUCAACGAGCAGUGUGUGGAUCCCUGCCAAGUCCUGGAACCUUGCCAACGACCUGCACAAUGCCAGGUGACGCCAACGUCGCCUGUGCGCACCAUGAUCUGCAUCUGUCCGGAUGGCUACAUCAGCAGUGGAAGUGGUAGCUGCAAGCCCACCACAGGAAUCACAAAGGUGGGUGGUUGCAUCUCAGACUCGGACUGUCCCGCGGACAAGUCUUGCCUGAACGGCGUCUGCCGAAAUCCGUGCAACUGCGGACUGAACGCCGAAUGCCGCAUCAAGGACCAUAAGCCAGUGUGCACCUGUCGCCAAGGAUACGAGGGCAACCCCGAGUUCGAGUGCGCCAAGAUCGAAUGCACGAUCAACUCUGAUUGUCCCGGAACACAUGCCUGCCGCAACCAGCUUUGCGUCCCUGCCUGCCAGGGUGAGCAGUGCGGCACCAACGCCCAGUGCCUGGCCAUCGAACAUCGCGCCGUUUGCGAGUGUAUCCCUGGACAUGGUGGAAACGCCAGAAUUGCUUGCACUCCGCUGGGCUGUCGCACCGACGACGAAUGCCCCACGGACAAGGCCUGUGUUAAUGGCAAGUGCAAUGAUCCUUGCGCCACCACCGCCAUUUGCGGCCAUGACGAACUCUGCAAGGUGUACCAACAUAGACCUCAGUGUGCCUGCCCACCAGGAACUGUGCCCGGAAAGAAUGGCUGCGAAUCGGAGCGUCACGUUCCGAUCUGCAUCAGUGAUGCGGACUGUCCCAGCCAACGAGCCUGCCUGCGUGGAGAAUGUGUCAGUCCCUGCAACGCCACCCAGCCAUGCGGAGUGAAUGCCGAGUGUCACGUGCGAGAUACCCUUCCUGUGAGGACCAUGAUCUGUGAGUGCCUCGAGGGAUACACCGGCAAUGCUGCCGUGCAGUGCGACAAGCGAUCCCUGUGCGUCAUCGAGAAGGGCUUCGUGCGCGACGUGGAUGGCCAGUGUGUCUGUCCUCCGGGAACCGCCCUGGAUGUCUACGAAUACUGCACACCGUGCCUGGUGGAACAAGGAUUCCGCAUCGACGAAACCGGUCACUGUGUGUGCGCCCUUGAGCGCGGCAUGGUAAUCGACGAACGCGGACGCUGCACUUGUCCAAUCGAACUUGGCUACCGCCUGACACCGCGCGGAGAAUGCCAGCCGGACGAGCCACCAGAGUGCACCAGCAACGACCAGUGUGCCGACAACCGCUACUGCAACCUAGACACCAAGACCUGCGAAGAUCCUUGUCUCACCAAGGUGUGCGGAGUAAAUGCCUUCUGUAAUGCCGUCAACCACCGCGCCCAGUGCCAGUGCAUUACUGGAUACACUGGUAAUCCGGAGCUGCACUGCAACCACACCAACUUCCGUACCGACUUCCCGCGACCCGACAUGGUGGUCAGUUGUCUGGCCGAUGGUGUCCAAGUGGAGAUCCAUAUCACCGAGCCUGGUUUCAAUGGAGUGCUCUAUGUGAAGGGCCACAGCAAGGACGAGGAGUGUCGCCGCGUCGUGAAUCUGGCCGGAGAGACAGUGCCGCGCACUGAGAUCUUCCGCGUUCACUUUGGAAGCUGCGGUAUGCAGGCAGUGAAGGAUGUGGCCAGCUUCGUGCUGGUCAUCCAAAAACAUCCCAAGCUGGUGACCUACAAGGCUCAGGCUUACAACAUCAAGUGUGUCUACCAGACUGGCGAGAAGAAUGUCACAUUGGGCUUCAAUGUCUCUAUGCUGACCACGGCUGGAACCAUUGCCAAUACCGGACCACCGCCCAUCUGCCAGAUGCGCAUCAUCACCAACGAGGGCGAGGAGAUCAACUCUGCCGAAAUCGGCGACAACCUCAAGCUGCAAGUGGAUGUGGAGCCAGCCACCAUUUAUGGAGGCUUUGCCCGCUCCUGUAUUGCCAAGACCAUGGAGGAUAAUGUGCAAAACGAGUACCUGGUGACGGAUGAAAACGGAUGUGCCACAGACACCAGUAUCUUCGGAAACUGGGAGUACAACCCGGACACCAACAGCCUGCUGGCCAGCUUCAAUGCCUUUAAAUUCCCGUCCAGCGACAACAUCCGCUUCCAGUGCAACAUACGCGUCUGCUUUGGACGCUGCCAGCCUGUCAACUGCGGCGGCUAUAACGCCUUCGGACGUCGUCGCCGCUCCAUUGCCGAUAACUCCACCGAUUCGACCGCCAUUGCCACCAACUCGGGUGUGGAGGGUCAGCUGCGCGAAGAGAUCACCAUUUCGUCGAAUGCCAUCCUGACGUUCGAGAAGCGCAGUGGACCGGGACUAAAUGAUGCCAAUAUCAAACCGGCGGCUCAGCGUGUAGAAGACAUUUGCGUCUCGAUGGUGGGUCUGAUCAUCGCCCUGGUCAUCACGGCUCUGCUGGCUCUCGUAGCCGUGGCCGUAGCUGUGUCCUGCUGGCUAAUGGCCUACCGAAGACGCCCCAAGACCAUCGCUCCGUUGCCCCAUCCGCCGGAGUUCCCCAACCCGCUGUUCGCCAAUCCGGACGCUGUGCCAGAGCCCACACCGGAUUACCUGUCCUAAACGUAACGUAACCAUACACUGACAUACAAAACACAUCUAGCUAUAUCUUUAGACUUUAAGAAAACCGAAUUGGUAAAGAAAUGCAAAUGAAAACUAUGUGAAUAUUUGAAAGGCACGUGCAAAAAGUUAUGCAAAAUGCAACAAAGAAUAUGUUAAUCGCGAAAUAAUUUAAAAACUACCAGAAAGAAAAACAAAAGUUCAGUUGUGAGCUGAGAGCAAACGAAACUUUAAUGGAAUGAAAUUGUAAAAAGGAAAAAAUAUGAAAAGCGAAGCGAAAAUAAUUUAGUAGAAUAAGAAAAUAAUUUUAUUAAUUGUAUUAACGUUAAUAGUAUUCUCCUUCCACUAAUAUGAGAAUUCCGCGUAGUGUUUGUACGUUUAGCUGCCCAUAAGAUUUAGAAAAGAGAGAAUAACUGCCAAACAGACGCGAGGAAAUCUUCUAGAAGCUACAAACGAAUUCUCGUCCUCUAACGACAACUUCUUCAUUAGUCGGAUACCAAUAUUAAUAUUGUUAUGUGUACAACUAAAGACUUCCUAUAUGAAUAUUUUUAGGGUGUGGGUUAGCAGCAACGACACUUUGUAUUAUAGCACAGACACACUGCAAACUACUUCCUGUAUAAUUUAAACCGAGAACUCAACUCGCCUGUUUAAAAUUGAAAACUGCCUUUGAUUUCCAACAAGACCAACCAGAACAAUGCACCCCAAAAUACUCUCUAGCAGUAUGUAAGCGUUCAAUGGUGGAACAUUUUCCCCCAGCCCCGGCUAUAACCACUGGACAAUAUAUUUCAAUAUAUAUCCCAGAUGGCUUAUAAAUCUCAAAACACACACACACUCAAAAGAACAGACCAGACCCGGGGCUCGGAGGAUAUAUCCAUCGAAUCGUUAGAAUCAGACAAAACUAUAACUGCCACUGAGGCGUGAAUCGCGCACAAAAGAUACUAAGAUCUAAUGCAUAGGAAACACUAGGUUUGUUUUAAUUUUAAUUGCAACGACGACGACUAAUGGAGGAUUUGAUAUUGACCACUGUCCCUCGACCACUUUUACAACACUCUACUACUAUUAUUAUACUACUACUACUAUGAUUAACCAUUAUUUUUGUAGUUUUUUAGUCAAUUAAUAUUAAAUUGUUGUGAUUGUUUUUAAUGCAAAAGAGAUACUUCCACUAAACUUACUAAUGUGUAGAGACAAAAGUAUAGAGAGUACUUAAAAAGGCAACGAACCAGCGCCCAGUAUCCGGAUCCUGUAGCUUUUGCCAUCCGGAAGAGGGCGCUGCUGUCAACGCGCCGGAAACUAUGCAGCGAAUUUUCGUUUCCGGCGCCCGUUUACGCAGCGCUUCUGUCCCUGAUGCGAGCAAGCUGCGGGAGCUUAUUCGGAACCUGGCCUGGAUAAUUAAAUUAUUAAAAAUGAAGUUUUAAAUUAAUAUUAUUAAACGUAAACAAAAUGUAUAGUCACUACUUUAAGCCGAAGCAGAAGCAGAAAAGAAACAGAAAUUUCUUUUAGAAAAAUACCAUGAAUAAUGAACUCGCACUCAGACACGUACACAAAGAGACAGAAUUUGUAAAUAAUACACGGGCAAAAAUAACUCUAUGGUAUUUUUAGUAGCGCAUUAUUGUGUAUAGGUUUCCCCCCCUUUUGACUCUCAAAUCCGAACUCUACUUAGCCAGGCAUAAAAUUAUUUUCUUAAUAUCCAUAACCCAGAAACGGGUACUUCUGAAAGAGUACUCGAGCAAGUGCACAAAUCUUAAAAAAGCAUCAUCGUUCACAAUUACCAAACACUUUUAUUUUUCUUUACAACAACCGUAUAAAACAAAAAAAAAUAGAAUUAAAUUUGAUUCUAGACGAAACUUUUUGCACUGGCAGCAAAUAUAAAAAAGGACAUGAAUAUUGUAAAAAGAAAACAAUAGUUAAAUUGUACUUAUAAA